CUUAUCCCGUUUAUAUGAUCGGAGAGGAACUGCGCUUCAGGUUGGAAGCGGUGCGAUCAUGGCCGAGCGAGUCCAGCAGCCCCCAGCCAAGCGGCUCUGCUGCAGGCCCGGCUACAACCCGGCGUGCAGACAGGGGCAGCGGGCUGGAGGAGUCCUGUGUGGCGGCGCGGGGUCCGCUCCGGGAGGGUCGGGGAAUGGAAAAACGCACAACCCCGAGUCGUUGCUCGACAUCGCGGCGCGCAGAGUCGCGGAGAAGUGGCCGUUCCAGAGGGUGGAGGAGCGGUUCGAGAGGAUCCCGGAGCCCGUCCAGCGGAGGAUCGUAUACUGGUCAUUCCCGAGAAGUGAGAAGGAGAUCUGUAUGUAUUCCUCUUUCAACGCCGGAGGAGAGGAAAGUGGAACUAGCGGGGACAAUAAUGACGAGACCCAGCUGCCUUUCCUACGGGGUGUCACUCUGCUGGAGGGUGGCUGGGUGGACAACGUAUUGCAAGUCGGUGAGUGGACUCUAACGACACAAUGAUAGAGGAAAACAGCCGAUAAAACACCAAACAUCUAACUCACGAGGUUCGCCUUUUUACUAUGGAACCAUGCCAGACUUUAAAGGGCUUGUGCUAGCCUUACAUAGCCUUGUGAAUUAUAAACAAUGCAGGGUAUUUCCACACCAGUCUACCCUAUAGCUGUGUGAGAAUAGCCUAUUUUCAGAUAAGCCUGUAAUAGUAGCCCACUUCUCCUUGUUUUUGCCCAGUGAGCUGCGCGCAUUGAAUUGCCCAGAGCCAUCCCAAUUGGAAGCUUAGCACUUUGUUCCUAUUUUUAUGUCUUUCCAGCUCUCCAUGCCCCCACCAAUGGGUACGCAGACAAAAGCCCCCUAUAUCUUUUCACCGCUGGCUAAAUAGACGAUAUUUAGAAAGGGUGGGAGGGACGGCGAUUUAAAGCCACAGUGCUUCUAUUUUGUUUGCCAAACACCUUUGUGAGACAGACUGGAGCUUUUCUGUUGCCUUUCCAGAAUUCAGCUGAAGCCCAUGCUUUAUGCAAGCUGGUAAAGGCAAAGAUGGUUUUCUCUCUCCCGUCUGCAUUAUUUGUGGUAAAGCUCGGAGUAAACAGAGGUGCUGUAGGCUCAGCAACCCCCUUCCUGUUUGCCUGCCUGCCUGGCUGGCUGGCUGCCUUUGCCAGAGCCACAAUAUUUCACUGCAAUCGUCAGUGCAAUAGACUCAGCUGUCAAUCCGGCUCCCCACCCUUGGAAACGGUUCAGGAUUCUAAUCCCAUUAACCCCCCCAGUUCAUCUGAAUCUUAAUGCAUUCUGCAAACAAGAUUUUAUGCAUGAUCUUCUUCCUCCUCCCUCCCUCCUUCCCUAACCCCCUAUCUCUCUCCCUCUCUCACUUCUUGGCUUACUAUCCCUCCAAAGAAUCCGUGUGGAGAUGGCUUCAGCUCUUGUGGGCUCAGAGAAUGUGCAGUGCACAAUAGUAGCCAUGGAGCAGGCAGACAGGCAGGCAGCUCUCCCUCCCUCUCUGGCGUGUUUACCAGAUUCCCCAGCAUUAGACUCAUUUAUGUGCUCACUCUUUUUGGGGCUUUGGGAAGCUAAACACUCAGCACGGGGUAAAACAGUCCAAGGCAUUAGUGUGAGUGCCUGCGUGCUUUGGAAAUAAGUUCGAAGUAGUGACAAAGAAGGCGAUGGGGUCAUUUUUCUCGGGCCACGCAUGUUUUUGUGUGUGAAAGUGUUGGAAAGGAGAGUGUGGGGGUUUGAUAAACACAGAGGGGAGAUUGCGCAUGCAUCUGUGCGUGCAUGUGUGUGUCUUCGUCUGCACGGGCUGUCAGUCUCAUCCGGCAUGCUCAUAGAGAGUGGAGGAUGACAGGCAAGUACACAGCAGGAGGAGUACAUGUUAUGCUGAUUGCAAUUUUCGCCCAGAAUUUUUUUUUCUCCUCUAAGCUUGGGUAGAUAAAGCCAAGGAAGAGAAAAAUGAUAAAUAAAAGAUGCAAUCUACUCCAGGGGACAGGCAGCCACUGGAGGAUGAGGGCUUAAAAGCGGGGCAGCAUGGGAGGGGGCUGUCAGCCACAUCACACACCACAUGUAUUGGCCCAUCAAACACAUACAGUGGGUCUGGCCUGGAAAAAAAAAGUGCAGGGUGUGUUUGUGUGUGCACACAAGCGCGCAUGGCUUUGUGUGUCUUCUCGUGUGUGUGCUGUCAGUGGGAUGGGAUUCAGUGUUGAUGAUGAAAGACAGUAGAGCAAUAGAAUAGAUGCGGGGGUUAUUGUGUAUGGGGGAAAGCUAAUAUACUUGAAUGGAUCUGCUGUCGCCGUAUUCCUCUCCUCCCCCUCUCAUCUCCUCCUCCACCUCCCCUCUCUCCCAAGUGAGCAGCUAUAAAACUCUCCAUAUUUACUCCCCUAAGGCCAACUACCAGCCCCCAGUCUCCUGUGAUUAUUUAUCUUUUUCUCAAAGACAUUAAUCACACGCUUUUUCCUUUUUUCCCCUCCAUCUCUUUCUAUACAUCAGCGCUGCGGAGGGAACGGAUAGAGGGGGACGGCGUUUAAGGGGAAGAGCAAUAGAUAGGGUGAUAUCAAGAAAAAGAGGGGAAGCCUAGAGGGAGAAAGUGGGUGGAAAAUGCAAAAGAGGAGAAAGGCAUUGAAAUGGUGAUUGCAAGAGAAGGCGACGUAUGAAAGUAAAGAAUGAAGUGCAGAGAAGGGGAGAGAGUGAGAUGGAUGGGUUGUUCUUUCUCCCAUGCGAGCUCAUCUGUUCCAGUGCCAGCCUCCCAGAUAAAUAUUCAUAUAUGAAUGCAAGUGUUAUCUAGCAGGCCGUUGCUCCUCUUGGUAUAGCGGUGUUAUAACAACCCUGUCAAAUCAGUGAUGAAUUUGUCAGCCGCCAACCAGGUCGGGGAACACACACACACACACACAUAACCUCAACCUGCAGGAAAAUGUCUGUGUGUAAUAAUUAAUUAAAACCUGCAAAUGAAUAAAUGAAAUAUACAUGAUACCCCGAAGAAGAGUCCCACAACAACUGCUGUCUGUCAUGAAAUUAAAUUGUCAUGAGCUGAUAAAAGCGAAAUCGGUGAAUCUCACCAGUAUGCAAAGUUUCAGCGUACUUCGUCUUGUCAAUCAGGCCGCACUGUGCCGUAACUGAGCUUUACUUACAGGUAUAGAAAACUUCCAGAGCUACUUCCCCUUCAUCACAGCAUCUGUUCUCCGUCCCCCCCCUUGUGUAAUUUAGCCUCGGCAGCUCAUCACGUUGAAAGGAAGGCUAGCAUUAUGGUGCCCCGUCCUCUAAUUAUAGAAUUCUAAUCCUAUGGCUCUAACAUGGCAUGACAAAGCAUGUUUGCACUUCAUUACCCUCCUUCCUGUUUCAGUCCUUCAGUCUGGGUCAAGUUCACUCCCCCUCCCCCUGUCUUCUCUCAUUCAUUUAUGACAUGUACUGUCCCGCUCCUCCUCCCUUUGACCCCUCACCCCCUCCCCACCCUGCCUGCCUGCCUGCCUGAAGGGCUUUGUGCCAGGAGAUAAAAAAACACAUAUCCCCCCACACAAACACCAACACCACACACACACACACACCACCUCACUCCUUACUAUCCUGUUACCGUAAGCCCCAUGUCCCUAUGGAGUGACAUACUGAUGCCUGGCAUAUGUCGCUCUGUGCAAUGUCAUUAGGCUAGGCUACAUGCUGCAGCCUAUUUAUCCCACUCUCCUUGUUAGGCUAAUUUCUCACAUGAAGCUACACGUCAUUAUAUCAAGCUGCUGCCCCAAAUCUGAGUGAUGAAGUGGAUGCUUUGUUUGGGCUGUUUUAAAUUCAGACUGAAUAUAUGUCGUUAUGAAUUCUGGGGCCUAAUUCGGAGCAUUUUCCAUGCUGCUGUUUGAGUAGGUAGGCUGUAAUAUUUCGCCUUCCCCUCUUCCUAAAAUAUCCCUGAAUGUCCGUGGCAGUCAUGCCUGUUUGGGUGUGAAUGUCAUCCUCCCCUGCUCCACCUAUCCCAGAGACAAAAUGCUUGUGUGUGCAUAUGCGUGCGUGUCUGUCUUGCGCGCCUGCAUGUUCAUAACUCAGGUUAAUUUGUUCACGCUCUAGAGAAUCUUAAUUAGGUUUCUGCGUCAUCUACUUCCUCUCUCACCCUCUUUUUUUUAUCAUAAUGUCAAUGAAACAGUGAAAUAACAACCAGGCUGGUGGUUCCCAGUUUUCUUUUUUUUUCACCUGUGCCUUUUUCGAACAGAUGGUGGAAAUCAAAACAGAGACAAUCUCCUAACGUAUGUCUUUCUCCUAUAAGCCAUGCUUCAGGUGUGUGUGUAUUUGUGUGUAUGGAAGAGCCGCAGGACCGUAUGUCAUUUUCUAUUGGCUCUAAAUCACAUGUGUGCUUAGUAUUCAGGCAGAACACUGGCAAUACCAGACAUAAUUUACAACAAUACGAGAACACAAAGACAUAGACUACACCCAUAAAACAAAGAGGCUGAUAAAACAACAAAGAAUAUUUGCACACACUGCAAGGUUAUUGUUUGUGUUAUAAAGUAGUGAGCAGAAAUCUGUAACACUUAACGCCGAGCGAGUUUGUGCAGGACACACGCUCGUGCGCACAUUUUUUUGAAGAACUAAGAAUUCACAAGGCUUUUCGAAGAGCUUCUCGAGGACCAACGUUGACAUCUCAAGCAUUUUGUUCACAAAGGUGCAGAAUUUAAGAUGCCAAAUGUAAAUCUUGCAUGAGCAUGUUGUCUGCGAGACACUUAUCAGGCUGUGCGGGGUUUUUUUUUUUUUUUGGUAGAUGAGGGCUUAGUCGUUUUUGUUUGUGUGUGGGCUGUUUCUUUUCAUGUGGGUGGAUCUGGUUUUAUUUUUCCUGUUAGGUUAGAGAGUUCCUUUAUCUUUUUACAAUGCCCGUCGAGAUUGAGCCCACAUGCCUACCGCCAAAGACAGGGAGAGACAAAAAAUUAUCCGAACAUCCUGUCUUUCCGUGUGGAACUAUUUGGUUAUAAAGAGGCUCCACUCGUGACUCAGGACUCUGAAGGGUGGUGGACACAACAUGACUCAUUACCUUGAAAAAUAUCCCCUGAAAAGGCCUUUAAUUUUCUCUUAAAAUGACCUGAAUAGGGUCCUUUUAAAGGUAUUCACAAAGUGGAGUCGUUGGAUUUUUGGUCUGAACUUGUUUCUCCACCAAGCUCCAAGGUGAGGCUCCGAAGAGGCAGUGAUCCUGAAUCUGGUGCCUCAGGUCUACCCCAAGCCAUGUGACUAUCCCUGGGCUUGUGUCGUCAUGGAAACAUGGCUGAGCCUAGAGCUAGUGUAAACAAAUGGCCGUCCAAGGGGGAGAGAGAAAGGGAGAGAGAAGAGGGGCUGCAACCACAUCCAUGUGAAGAGACACCGAGUCUUUGGGGAAAGUGCUUUCUCUCUGACUGUGAGAGACUGGGAGCAGUGGAUUCCAGGCCUUUGUCUGGUUUGGUUGGUUGAACAGAUAGCAGGAUAUGUUUCAGCUGUCCUGUAAUGGAGACAUGCUACCAUAGCGUCCGUGCAUGACAAUCUGAGUGGUAAUACACACUUGGCUGUUAAGAUGUUGAAACAGAUUCUAGAUUGUGUAUUUUAUUGUGAUUUUACUUCAAUACCAACACUGAGUGACCUAUGGCGGUACCUAGGUUAACAGAUCUUCCAUUUAUUUCUAUUUACAAAGAAUAUCUUCAAUGUGAGCCAAAGUUGCAGUAAGCAUCAUAAAUCUGGAACAUGCGUACGUGAUAAUUACUUUCAUUCGACCCUUAAUGACUUUCAGAAGCAGCUCGAUUUCCGCCUUCGAUUACAAACAGACAGUAAGCCCUUGCCAGGUCUCAGUCUGGGUGGCCCCUUCAAGGAUUAAACCCAUAAAAGAAAGUUCUGACAGUGCUUUUCUGUACCCAUAGAGUGAUAGAUGACCAAUGGUUCCUUUGCAAGCCCUGCCAUGUUCCCGAAAUGUCAGAAGUUUCCAGAAGGUCCCAAUGGUUGUCACUUCCCAAACUUGAACUAACCCUAUUCCCAGACGCAGAUGUGCCUCUAGAUAGAUUAUUCCCACCACAGACCAUAGCAUCCAUGUUCCAUCCUCUACACCCAGUCAAAACCGUCUCCUGCUCUUCACAUUACCAGCACUGUCCCCAAAACGUACCAUUAGGCAGUCUCUCUGCCAUCUCAAGCUCACUCCGUCUGCCUUUUUUCCAGUCCCUCCACCUGACUGAAGCCAGCUUCCCUCCCAAUCCCGUUCCCGGUCCCAGACAUAGCUGUGUCCUCCCUUCCCCUCUUAAAUCGCCGCCUCAGUUCUAGCUUGAGUCGACUGUGUGCCUGCCACACUCCAAAACCUACUACCGAGUUGCACAAGACCACCCUUCAAACUUGCCCAGCUCUGGCUCAUUAUCAGAGACGCUCAAUGUACAAGAUCAGCAUGCUCUGCCCAUUAAAAUAAAUCAGCUAAAGAAAUAAAGUUCCAGCAUGAGCUCCCUCACGUCUGCCCGUCCCCCCCGUUCCAGCUUGACUUGUCUCCUGUCCCAGACUGUGGCUGCUGGGUGUGCGUCAGCAGCUCCUCGGCUGGCUGACUCUGUCUAGGAAUCCAGCGCUCCUUCCACACAGCUCGUGCCUCUCUCUUCCCUGUGAGUGGAGGGAGCAGGCGAUGGAAAGGCUACUAAAUCUACAACGACAAGGCCCUAUUAAAAGCUGUUUUUUCUAUUUCAUUUAAUGACUUUUAUUACCAGCCGCCCUUCUCUUCUUCGAUUUGGCAAUAAUAACAACAGGGGAAUGCAGCACUCAGCGUUCUCCUAUCUGAUGCUCCCUUCCAUGUUUUUUUUCAGUUUUAAUGAAUUCCUCUUUGCACCAAUGGGCUGCUGAAAUAAGCACAAAGCAGGCCAAGACUCUGCUUACUGCAGUGUUGGGAUCAAUGUAUGUAUGUAUGCAUAUACUGUGUGUUUGGAGUGUGUGUGCACUCGUUUGUAGAUGGGCUAUCUAUGAGUCUACGUGUUGAAGCUGCCUAUAUAUGCUUUCACUGUUUCCACAGAACAGAGCCUCUCUGUGCACUUUGGUCAACAGCUGGUUCUCCCCAGAAGCCAAACUGCUUUGGAUCAGCCUAAAGGCUACACAUGUUUUUCUUGUUGGUGUGUGUGCGCGUGUGUGUGUGUCUCAGCUAAAUCACUACAUACUUAAUCAGGGGGUAGUGAGUUACCUGCUGUCCUCCUAGGAUAAAGGCGGUACUGUUAUUGUCCUUGCAAAAAUCAGAGGUAUAUCAUUUCUCUGGCAUGUUUAGCUUGAUCUAUAGAUACUUAAAAGAUUACCCCUCAAACUCUGUGACGGGAAAACUGCUCUUGGUGUUGAUAAGGUGUAAAGUCAGCCACAUUUUGUUUGUACAGGACUGAAGUUAAGGUGGAUUCCCAGAGCUUGUUUUGUAUCUGUGUGCGUACAAACAUGUGCAUGUAUGACUUUAUGUGGUAGCAGCUCAGUGAGUGUGUUUAUGGCUGUGUGUGUCAGGCUGAAUAAAGGUGAGGCAUGCUAAUGAUAAGAGGCUGGAUGACAUUCCCGUCUGUCAUCGUUCCCACCCUAUCCCAUUUCCACUCUUGCCAAACACACACACGCUUGCUUACUUGGGCACACACUCGAAGACACACAGUGCCAGUGACUAGGCGCCUUAGAAUAAACAACAGACAGGGAUGAGGGCUUACCUGCAGCUGACCCUGUUCCCAUACACAAACACACAGUGACGGAGGUGUUCACUCAUCGACUAGUGCCUCCCCCAGCAUUGAGCUGAACCAGUGUUGACCUCUUCACUUGACCCCCAGGGAUUUACUUAAGUCAAAGGUCAAUCUGGUUGGAUUGUCCCUUCAGUGGCCGAUUGCUCUGCUUGAAAGACGGACCUUUCUUACAUUAUUGUUUUCCAAUAAACAGCAACAUACCAAAAAGCAAUACUGUUUUCUUGAUUUAAUGUCUUUUGCGUGUUCCGGUAAGCAAUUUCCCCAUCUGAGAGAUAAGUCAGAGAAAGGACAAAGUACAGGCCAGAGAAUCAGGGAUCUGGGCCGUAUUUAGAGGCGGGGGGUUUUACUCCUCGUCUCCUCUUGCCCAACAGGCUCAAGUGCCGUUUGAGUUAUGCAGAGGAGGAGGAGGAGGAGGAGGAGGUGGUCCAGAGUGCGAGGUGCCUCUGGCUGUGCCUGGUUCAGCGAUGUCGUGGCUGUGUGGCAUGUGAGACAUGCAUUCACUGCUCUGUGGCAGAGCUGAAUAGAGCUAGAAUGGCUCUCCAGGCAUGAGAGACAAACAGGCGAAGACAGAGAAAGAAAGAGAUUUUUAAGGGGAGGAGAAGGAGAGGAGAAGGCUUUCAUCCGACUAUGGAAUUUCGUUUGCUCUUCUGAAUAGUUUUGUCUUGAAGGAGUUCUUUAUUUCUUACCUCUGUCUUUCUUCAUUCAGCCUGACCUUCAUCCUUCUCUUGUCUUAUUUCCCUCAACUUGUGACUGUCCUUCUUGUCUUUUGUGAAUUCCUCCUUUAUGUUUUCAAGCUCAUAUGAUGUCUAUUUUCUCUCCUUCUUAGUUUUACAGUUCUAUUUCCCAAGAUGGGCAAUAAAAACUCAUAUCUUAUUUACACUCCUCUUAUCUGGAUACAUCAUUUUUCUAUAGGGUUGCUUGUGUGGAAACCCCUUAGAGGAUGGCUAGCCAGUUAGCUAGCUCUCCACUUUCUUUGCCCAUAGCUCGCAGUCUGCUUCCAGACCUCAGGGGCUAUCACUGUUUCUACAUUUAGAGGCUCUGUGUUUACCACUGUCUGGAAGAAGGAGCAGGACAGGACUUGGCCUAUUUGCUGUGGUGUUUUUCUCUGGAUUAAAAAUUAGUCUCAACCUAAUGUUUUCCAUCCUGGAACUUUUUGGCAAGUCCCGCCUUUCAGAAAUUCAUAUGGUAUUGUUAGUUUUUUCAUUUAGCUGUUGCUCUGGAUGAGGAUUUAAGUGUGUCGUCUAAAUGUCAGUUUGACUGUGUCUAGUUACUCAAGUCAAAUGAUGACGUUUUUACUCAGCUGUGGUGCUAACCUCAGUUCCCAUUUGGUUAUGAAGAGGCACGCAUGUUGGUAUUUCAAAUAUCAAGCAUAUAUGAGCACUUUUUUCAGACUUUUUAGUGCCCUUUUACAGUUUGUCAGUUUGACAAUCUUUUAUCAGUCUUGAAGCCCACUGGAUAUUUUUUAUUUUAUUUAACCUUUAUUUACCCAGAUAAAAACCACUGAGAUCAAGAUCUCUUUCCCAAGGGUGACCCGGCCAAGAAGUCAGCAGCACAUGUCAUGAAAAGCAAAACAGACAAAAUAAAACAUGGUUGAAAAGUGAGAAUAAACAGUAAGUUGAUUUUUUUUUAAAAUAUAUAACAAUUUGGAAGCACAAGCACUGUUUGGUGGUCUCACACUGUCAUAUCAUCUGAUAACAGUAUAGUUAAGCAGUAGCUGUUAAUAAGUUGAUCAGGAUGUUAUUGAAGUCAAAAAUUAAGGCAUUAGUGUAUUUCAACAGUGUGCCAUUUGCCACAGUAAAGCCUUUUGUGGCAUAUUUCUGCUGCUGCAAUGGAAAAUAACGUCAACACUCUGUUUUUGCAUGACACUGCUCAGCUGGCAAGUGAAAAGUAAAAUGUUCUUUGUGUCAAAUGGAACUAAAAUAUCACACAGUUUAGACAAACAUAAAGGUAUAAUGUGAAAUCAUUAAAUCAUAGUAGACCUGUGGAAGAAAAAGAGACAAAGAAAAAUGACCCAAGUGGAACUCAACCAAGUGAGUAAUCCAAAGUGUUCAGAACAGCUGCACACCGUAAUAACAGAGCCUUCACAUUUUGUUCAUGCGAACCUUGAUAUAAUUGUUAGUAUUAACAAUAGUGUGGUACUUGAUGAAGCACAAUUCAAAUUCAGAUUCUUUUGAAGUACUUUGUUGUAUUUUCAAUAAGUGGUAUGGUCUUAAAAACAAACUUAUACACCAAAGCACACUUAAUCAUCAUUGACUUUUGUGUUACUGAGUAAAAAUGUACCUAUUUGUGUAUGUAACACAUACGUUGGAAAGUAUGCUCUAUUGGCUCACUGUUAAAACUAAACUUUAGGGAGUGUUAAACUGACCCCAGGGUCAUUUCAUCGUAAAGUAUGCUGUAUUUUACUGGUAGUGUGGUACUUGAUGAAGCACAAUUCAAAUUCAGAUUCUUUUGAAGUACUUUGUUGUAUUUUAUUAAGAGGUGGUUGAAUUUCAUAAUUGAAGACAAAUAUGUAUGUAUAUACAGUAGAUGACUUUGUUGUUGCCUACACUCAGAGCCUUGACCAGUCAAAUGUCUUCUAUGCUUUAUGUUGACACCCUCACUCAGUUGAAUCAGGAAACCACAAUUUAACAUGAAAUACACUCGUGAGCUUUUGUACUACUUUAGCACAGCUUAUGUUUAACAAGUACAAAAUAAGUUAUUCAUAAGCUGUUCCAUUUUAACACAAUACAAGUAUACUCACUGAGAUAGUCCUUUGGUGUGUAUACAAACAGACUUUGACACUUUUUACACUUCAGAAAAUAUAACUUUGGAUUUGACUCACGGAGAUUCAGUGUCAGUUUAAUCCGAGCACCACUGGAAAAUCCUUGGUGCUUAUCCUUUGCCAGAAGAAAGAUGUGAUUAAUAUACAUCACCAACGUCCAGUUGAAAAUUAGAACCAUAAAUCAUUUGACUUGAGUGUAGGUGAAGUACAAACCCACUGUUGCGGUGACCUGGCAUUGCUUUCCAAGACGGUCUCCCCCCUGUGAGUUGUUGCCACUUUGUCUGCCUGCAUUCUUGCCCAAAAUCUACUAUCUGGCUGCCUGUCUGUCUGGCUAGCUAUUAGCUGGCUAGCUGUCCCUCUUGGGUGGCUACAUCACCUCACCUCCUACCCCCCUCACAGCCAGUGACAGCCCGGCCCAGGGAGACAUGGGUAAUGGUCCUCUCUGAUGUACAGCCUGACUCAAUUGGACUGGAUGGCAGACACACGCCUAAAAUAACAAAAGGAGGGAGAGAGAAGGGAGGUGGGGGUGGAGAAGGAGGAGGAGGAGUGAGGGGGGGAGGGAAGGAGCGAAGCGAUCGAUAAAGCAGGGACACAUCGCCUAAUAAAGAUUUAUUCCUUUUUUUUCUGCUCGCCAUCCGCCUUGGCAGGGCAGGAGGGGGGGAGGAGAGAAUGUGAUUAGUGGACUUCUUCUCCAGGGUGCCUCUGCUAGCAUGUGUGCACCAGCGCACAGCAGUAUGUAUGCCCCGAUGCUUUGUGUGUAUUUUUGCAUCACUUGUGUGUUUAUCGCAUGUGUCCCUCCAAAGAGCAAAGGGGGUUAAAAACAACCUCUGUCGUUUGUUCUGCCGGCAGUGGCACUAGCAGCUGCAGCUGUGUCCCUGCCUCUCUCUCUCUCUCUCUCUCUUCCUGUCAGCUAAUAUUUAGUUAAUCUUUGGUCUGGGACCUACGGGACUGGCCGGAGCUCCUGGUGCCCCAUCCAUCUCGCACUGAUCUAUAUUCCAUGCUGGAUCCCUGUGCCAUUAACCACCACCGAGGGGAGGAGAGAAGGGGAGGAGAGAGGCAUAGAGAAAGAAAAGGAAAGGGCAGGAUGGGUGGAGGGAGAGCUGUAGAGAGACAAGAGAGUAAUGGAGAGAAAGCGACACAGGGAGGAGGAGGAGGAGGGGGAUGUACCAUCACAACACUGGAUGAGAGAGAGAAGAAGGGAGAAGGUGUGCGCAAGAAAUAUCUCCGUUUUAAUUUGGGGAAAAUGCUGGAUUAAAAGUGGGGCGUAAGAAGUGUGCAAAGUGGUGCAUUUUGGGAUUGGUAUUUCUUUUUUAGAUUCUUUUUUAUGUCCACUUUUGGGUCUGUUAUGUAGAAGAGAUGAUUGACUACUUAAAUCCAAAGACUGAACAGUGUUGAGGCUCCCACAAAAGUGCUAAAAGAAAAAAAAAGUGGCGUUGGUGGUGGAGCAGGUAGCGGGAAAAAAGCAGAGGCAAAGGUGUGGGAGUUUGCGAUCUGUAUGCAGAGAGUUGGCCACUUCAUUGAUAUGCAUUGUGUAGUUAUGAGGGGGUCCACCUGCAAAGGCUCAGAGUGCUGAGUCACUCACGAACGCACAGACUGAAUGCUUUUAUCCCAGACGCCUGGUCCAUCUGAAUGGAAUAUAAUAGGCCAUAAAGUGCUUUGCUAGCAGUGGCUGCUUGCCCCAUGGCAAACCUUGCCCCUCGCUCCCCUACUCCAAAUCUCAUUUCAACACUUUUAUGGAAACAAAGCGUGCAUGCUCUGUGCUUUGAUUACAGCCUUUUCUAUCCUCUUUUUCUUCUUUCCAUCCCCUCAUCUUCUUCGUCUUUCUCCUGCAGUCACAGAGUGUUCUCUCUCCUCACUUCAGCCCCUAAACUCUGUGUUCUUCCUCCCUCUAUUCUGUGAUCCCUGCUGCAUGUGUGUGUGUGUGUGUGUGUGGGGCACCUGUUUGGGAUCUUGGUGUGUGUUUAGGGUCAUGCCUGCAGGUCGUGCGUAAUGAAUAGCAGGGCUGUUGCCGAAGCACAACUGGUUGAGAAGGGAGGUAGCCAGAGAAUAGCACACCAGUGACGGAAAGAGAAGAGGAGGAGGAGGAGGAGGAUGGAGAGAUGCAUGAACGGACAGAGGGAGGGAGUGAAGGAGGGAGGGAGGAGUGGACUGAAAGAGCAGGAGGACCAGCAGCGAGAAGGGAGGAAGAGAAGAGUGGUUGCAAAGCCAGUGAGCCUUAACCACCUUCUGUCAGUCUGUCUGCUCUCGGCGCUGUUUUCUCCCUCAUAGGAAUCUAAUGGCUUUUCCACUGUCCUCUUUCCAAACCUCCUCCACCACUCUCUCUCUCUCCCCUUUACUCCCUUCAUCCUCUCUCUCUCUCUCUUCAUCCCCCUCUUCUUUUUUUUCUCUUUCUUACCCCUCUCCAUCUCCUCUCACUUUCCUUCCCCCUACUCAAACUCUCCCCCUAAAGUCUCUAUGUAGUCUUUCCCCUGCUACUCCCCUCCCUUUCUCUCGCUUCCAGCUGCUGGCCAGGGGAACAGCUGACUAAAUCUAAAGCUGGGGCCCCUGGCUCUGGCCCUGGCCCCGGCCCCACAUCCCUCCCUCCCUCCCUCCUCUGGCCUCUAGCCCUGGCUCCUCUCUGCAGCCCCAGCUCAGCCCUGGCCCUGCCUCUGAGCCUGGGCUCCAGCUUUGCCUGACUCCCUCCAAACCAUCCCCCUCUAUCCCACUCCGGAGCUGAAAAGCCUCAGAACCACUCUCUCUUUCUAUCUCUAUUUGGCCUCCAAACCUCCCCUCUCUCUUUCUCUCCCUUUCUCUUCAUUUUCACUCUGCAUUUCUUGCUAACUCACUUGCUCCCCCUCCUCCUCCUUGCCUCUCUGCUCUGAUGGGCUGUAGCUGGGUCCCUGGUACUGUCCCAACUUAGCUGGACUGAGGCCUUAUCCAGGUUGGCUGCAGUUCAGUUCUCUGGCUCCUAUACCCAGCCUCUCCAGCCAGGCAUCUCUCUCUGGCUACUAACGUUAGCGACUGUAACUCAUUGUGGCGUGCUUUACUGCGAGCCACGUUUAGCUUGUACAUUUGGUUGUUCUGGCUCAAAACUCCCCACUGAGCUCUCUGCUGUAUCCUCGUAUAGUUCUUUGUCUCGCUGUAUCUCCCAUUAACUCGUGCAGGAAGACUCGACAUAUGCUCUGCACACGAGCGCACGCAAGAGUGUGAAGCACAUGACAAAUGAUUGACAGCAGGGUGGAGGAUGGUGGGGAAGUAGUGAAAAGGGGAAGUGGGCCUUGUCACAUCUCCAGGCAAGCCGGGGGCCUGAGUUUGAUCGCUGCCCAGGGGAAGGGAGCCUUUGUCCCCUCGCCCUUCCUCCCCCUCCUCAACCUCUGUGGCUGUCAGAGCGAGGCUGCGGGCUGGUGUGAGUAGGUGCAGGCCCGGGUUCUGCCAUCAGACAUUGCCCACAGAAGACACCUGUCAGUGCUCUUCCUCCUCUCCGACACGCAGCUGUACUGAGCUGAGCGACAAAGGGGGGGCUGCCAGGAUAGAGUUCAGAGAGCACCCCACAGCUACACACACACAUACACACACAUGUUUCCUUUUGUGCAGAAGUGGGACAAGGAAGCCCAGGCAGGAAGAAACAGAGAGGAAUCUUCUUGUACAGCUCCUCACAGUUUAUUAUUCAGCCCACUCCCUGUCUGUCUAAUGCCCAAUUCAGCCUUUGUCGUUUAUGCUGCCUUUGUUGUUGUGUUUUGGUGUUCGGUGGUUGUGUUUUGUGUGUGUGUGUGGUAGGAAGAAAUUUGGUAGGAAAAGCAGCUAAAAAGUUUUCCUUUUGAGUCACGUUUCCUCCGGUUGACUGACAGAUGCGGCGUGAUGAAAGCGAAUCGCAACGCGCCACCGACUUCAAAGGUCCCUGUGUUCAGCCGUUUAUUGGCAACAACGCACAACAACCUCUUUCCCCCCCGAUGUGGAUUCUUCAAAAUAAGGAAGGAAAACAGCUAGACGAAACAGACGCACAUGACAAAGAAGAUACCAACCAAACAGCUAGAGGGUGUAGAGGAGGGAGGAGGAGGAGGAAGAGGAGGAGGAGGAGGGGUGCUAAAUAAUCAGACCUAAGCACUGUAACCAAAUCGGACUGCUUUUCACAAGCUUUUUCAAUCAAAAGGAGCUUUUUUGAUCCCGAAACCAGGGAUGUUUGAGGAAACAAAACAUGACGGCUUGAAGUUGUAAAAACUCUUCCUGCUUUAAGAGAAGCUUUCGCGUUACACCAGACCCUUUUGUGUGUCUUCCUUCUCUUUUUUGUGUGUGUGUCUCGUGUGUUUUGUAUGGUCCACUGCAAUAGUAAUUAACUAAAUGUAAAAGCUAAGUUGAAGUAAGCCGCUUGGUUCUGCUCUCCUAACCUUAUAGACUCAGCGUCUCUUUCUCUCUUCUUCUUCCUCUCUCCUCCUCUUUUAUUCUCCCUCUUGUCCAGGAUGGCACCCAUUGACUGCCACUGACCUAAUUUGGGCAAAUUUCACUGACCUACUUCAUGGGUGAAUGCUGACUUGCCCAGAGGAGGGGGAUUCUCUCGCACACAUACACAAACACACACACACAUACAGUAUACUAUUUUCUAUCCUUAUGAUUAAUAUGCAAACCCACAACCUUCUUUCACCCCCUCAGUUUUGCCCCACAAUCCCCGACUGAACCCCCGCUCCCUCCCUCCCUGCCUCCUUCGGCACUCUGGCAUCCGAAAUGAACAUAAUGAGGGAGUAGAGACGUCUGGUAGAGUAUAAACAAAGCAGUUGUCCUUUGUUUCACGUGGUCUCAGAGGUGACAUAGUCCUUCACUUCACAAGUCUCUAAACAGACAUAAUCAGCGUAAUUGCAUACAGAUAUGAUUAUUUUCCUGCCGUCUAUGAAAAUGCUAAUUGGAGCGAAUUUGAUCAAACGGCGUGGAAAUGCUCUGAGUGUAAGGACAAUCGCGGUAAUUUCUUCACAAACAUAGAUGGAUAGUGACUAAUGUAAGUUGGGGAAUUAGGAUCCCCGAGGAGGAUUGGCAUCUUUAACCCACUUGUAUUUAAAUAAAUUGAAGCAUUCUUGCGUUUCUCUCUCGCACGUUCAUUCCCAGUGGACCAGACACACACGAUCCUCUAGAGGGUUUUGGGAAAAAAGGUGUUGUCAUAGUCAGAUUAGUUUUGCCCUUUUUAACAUGAGGAUGAUUAGUAAUAACUUCUCUGCCUGCAGCCUCCCACGAGAACAUUGUAGCUGGAAGCAAGUCGAACCUGAUUCAGUGUUUGGUCACGCUCAUGCAUUAUUCUUUGCAAGCUUUUGUGCAGUCAUGCUUGUGUGUUUGAGGAAGAAUGAGGGGAGGUAUUUGUAUUUUGUUUCUAUGUGUGUGGACCUGCCCGCCUUCGUGUGUGCUUGUCUAUGUUUUCUCAAUGUAUGCAAGGUGUGUGCCCCCAUGAAUGCGGCCCAUGAGUGCAUACACACACACACACACAUGUACAAACACGCUCACACUGGGCAGACAUGUAUUGUCAUGGCAACCCAUACAGAUGUCAACAAAGGAGGCUCCAGGGUGCACAUUGUCUCCCUCUUGUCCAGCAGGGUGCAAUUUAUCUCAAUGUAGCCAUGAAAGGCAGCUAUUUACAUGAAACGAGAGCUGUUUCUGGGAAAUAGGGGUCUCUCUGAAGGUUUUGAUGUCAGCUGCCUGCUUUUAGCUUGAGAGUGGAAACCUAACCCAUCCAGAGAGGGAGAGGGAGAGAGAGAGUAGAAGGAGGUGAGGAGCAAGCUGUAAACCUACUAAGAGAGUUCACUUCCCUCAUGUGGCUGCAGCUCUUCAGCCUCAAAGUCUCUCUGUGUUUCCCCCCCUUCAGCACACUCAGAGAUCGGCCAAGCAGGCAUAGCGUGUGAUUGCAGAUGCUUACAGUUUGCACAGAGUAAAUCUAACCCCCUUGCUUUAUAGCUUAUCCUUAAGAGAGUGGUCCUAACAUCAACGUCAAUAUUUACAGGAAUAGCCUGCAGGCAGGAGAAUCGACCACCACGAUUCAGCAGAGACUUAUCCAACCUUUCUCUUGCACCCCCCCACCCCCCCUUCUCUCGUCUUUCCCUCACUUGUCUUCAUCCCAGUUAUUCCUCUUCUCUGCAGCGGCCCGUCGAUCACGGCGCCAGGUGGCUGAGGUGUUUGUCUUUGGGUUGCCUUUGUUUUCGACUAUUUGUGUGUUGUUGAAGGUGCGCCGCGUAUACGCGUGCGCAGCAUCCCCCCAGCUUUGACACAGGCUCAGCGGCUGUUUGAGAGAUGCUGGAUGACGCGUGUCAAGUGAUAUUAAAUGUGAGAGAACUUCCCCCAUCCUCCACCCUCAUUCACUCUGCCCCCACCGCUCUGCUGUGCCCACCUCCCCCUCUUCUUCCACUGUGGACUGUGUCUGCUGUGGUUAGUGUGAGCUAUGACACGUUUCAUUGGGGGGUUUUUUAGGGGUGAGGUCGCCAUGUCUGUUGCAGGAGGCCUCACAUUUUCUGUUUGUAGAGCGGACACUUUGGCCCACAUACGCUGCUGGAAGGUCAAUGGACGCACACAGUGAGACAUAGACACACCGCAUCGUACAAUGCUGAGGACGCACACACCGGUUUUCAUUGUUUUGUAUAACCUAAACAGGUCUGUGUGAGGAUGGUUCGUGUGUGAGCUGUACGGUUGUCUUUGGCGAUGUUAAUUGAUAAUUAAUGGGUGUGUAUUCAGUUGUACUUUUGUUGUUUUCGUCUUCAUAGAGGUUUAUUAAGGCCACACACUACCUACUUUUCUACCUUCCUCUGCUCAGGAUGAUGCUAAGCAUUUUGAAAAAGAAGAAAAAUAGAUGCAGAUUUUCUCAGCUGCUAGAAUAAAAGAGGAAAUUGACAUGCAGAAGGUUAACCUACUUCCUGGUAAGUGUAUCAUUUCUCUGCACUGCUUAUGUGCGUCUCUCUCUCUCUCGCUUCAUAUGUGUGUAUCUGUGUCAGGUAAUAAUGUGGAAGUAUGCGUAGUGGGCCAGUGUGCUCAGCGCUAUAAUGGGGCAGCCUGAGUCAGGAGGGAUGUUGGGGGAUGUUAAAGUAGGGGUGGGUUUUACACCAGGAUGUGGCGAACAGAAAACAUCGGGUGUGACCUCAGUGACUCCAGGAAGGAAGGGGUUAAGCACGAGCCGGCAGGCCUGCAUGGGCUGCGUUACGCAAACUGGCGGCUGGCUGGAGCUGAAAGGGGAAGUGCUGAGCUCAGAGGAACACUGGCUCAAAGCCAUCACCCCCCUACCCUCCCCCCUCCUCUGAAACUACCCCCCCUUCGCCUCCCCCUUCCCCUGGCCCUCUUCCCCACCUCCCCGCUACAGCUGAGCACUCCCCAUGCUUCCCACCGCCAGGCGGGGUGAUGUGUGUUUGUGUGUGCCUGUGCUGGAAUGCAGCUUCCCCCUCGGCUGGGGCCUGUGUGUGUGUGUGUGAUUGUGUGUGUGUGUGGGGUGUGCACGUGUGUGUGUCUGUCUGGAAUGAUGCCUCCCCUUGUCUAGAGUGUGACGUCAGUACACACAACGGGUCAGCUUAGGGCUAGGCAGCAUUUCUGUGUGUGUGUGUGUGAGAGAGAGAGAGAAAGAGAGAGAAAGAGAGAGAGAGAGAGAGAGAGAGAGAGAGAGAGCGUGUGUGUCAUGGGAGGGGGGGUGAGGGGACGGGGGAGGAGCCAGUUAUUGGAGAGAGAAAAAGGAAAGAGGAGGGGCUGUUUGUGAGCAGAAGGAGGUUGACUGCAGGGAGUCACUGAAGCCAGUAUGCGUGCAUGCAUGAAGGCAUCAAGAGUGUGUGUCAAAGGGUGGGGUUAUAUAUGCAUAUCCAAGUGUGUGUGUGUGCAUGUGUGUGUGUUGGAGUGUGUCGGAUGACUUUCCAAACGAAAUGGGAAGGGUAAAGAGUGUAAGGUUAUUUGCUGGCGUGGGCAUGUGAACUUGAAAGCGCAUGCAAACUCGCACAUGUGCGCACACAGUCAUGCAGCAGUUUAAACCCCAGUGUUGUGAGUGGCCUUUUAUUUUCCUAUUCAAAUAAAUUCUCGUCACAUUCAGCCAUGUUGUUUCCACAGUGCUGGCUUUAUGUCUGCCUGCUGUGCUAGAUUCACAGUUUCUUUCUUUCUUUCUUUUUUUUUUUGCUGUGAUUUUAUGUUUUUUUUUUCUCGCUCUCAACCUUCUUUGUUCUUGGGCUUUGGUGUCAAAACAAAUUUUCGAAGUCUGCUUUAUCAAAAAGAUUUAGCGAAGAAAAAAAGAUUUAUAGGGCAAAGUUCAAAUUAAGCAAGAGGAGCACAUCUGUAAUCAUUUCUGACAGGCGUGGCAAAUGUCAUUUUAGCACACUUUCUCUAUGCAAAUGAGGCGUAAAGACCAACAAACAAAGCUUCUACCUUACACACAUUACAAAAAUAACAAAGUAGUACAUACGGCGCCAUUUUCUUUGUCCGUUUUGUCCUCUCUGACUAAUACAGACCAGCUCAGCUCAACCCAGACUCGCGCCCUUCAUAGAGACUAGCGCUAUAAUGUCUGGACUGUAUAGGUUUGUCAUUAGAAAGAUACUCAGACCCUGAAGUAGCAGACAAUGGCUUUUCAAUGGAUCCCAUUACCUCCUUCUAUAGCUUGCGUUGCUCUGCUGGGACAGACCUCUGCUAAUUACACACAUUCAUUUCCAGCCAGCUGUAAUUUCAUUCACACUAAUGAACCUUGCACAUGGAUUGGGAUAAUGUAUAGUUAAUGUACAGCCAGGAGACAGAAUUAGCAGGCUACGGGCUUCUCCAGUGACAGAGAUUUGUAGAAUAGCAGCUAAAGGGAUCGUUCAUCCAAUACACACAAGUGCCAUUCUGAAAUUAAAACCGAUAGUAAAUUUACACCAUGGUGUUUAAUACUUAAGUAGACAUGUAUUGCUUGUUUUGUUUGAGAGAACCAUUUUUUAACCAAAACAUAUUUAAAAUUUGUGCUUAACUGACUUCUUUUUUUUUGUUAGUAUUAGCUGCAUCAGCAAAUGCUUAAGCUUGGUGAUGAACAGCUGUUAUAAAAUAAGACAAACUCUAUUGAUCCUCAAAGGGAAAUUUAAUUCAUGUGCUGCAUGGCUGUUGUGCACAUUUAAAAUUUGAGAUAUUUUACGUUGGUUCAUAUGGUUAUUUUCUUUCUUUGCAAGACUUUGAUUAGAGUAUUAAUGCUUCCUCUAAUACAGUACAAUAUGAAUGACGUUAGACCCCAGUUGACGGUGAUACAGUUAGCAAGUUGGAAACCCAAGAUGGACGCCUACAGUUACCUGUUGUUAGCUGUUGUUUACAAUUGUUAGCUGUUGUUAGCCAUUGUAAGUUGUUGUUAGCAGUUCUCUGCAGUUGUUAGUUGUUGUUAGUGAUACCAGCUGUAAACAACGCAUAACACAGUAUUUUACUCUUACAAACACCAUACCAGUGAGUUCACAGUUAGACGUUGGGCAGUACAACAUAAACCGCUUUUUUAAUUUCACAAAAACAAAACAGAAGUGCUAAUAAAUAAAACAUUACAAGAGUUUUCACUGUUACUCUUUACUGUUGAUGCACUGUGCUGCCAUCUUGGAAUAUGACAUUGUGUCAAGUCAGGGUUGGUGAGGAUCGUACAACUUUCCAAGUCAGAAAUCGGACUUCAAGGGGGCGUUAUAAAUUUCCGACUUGAAGCUCGGAAAUUCCGACUUCCAGUUACAAAUGGAACGCAGCAAAAGACCCUCAUUUUAGACCCCCUCCCUUGAACCCUAACCCAUUCUGGAAGCCUCUUUCACUGCUGCCAUGCAACAAAGUUUUCUUUCUCCUCAUAAAACCACUAAUUUGCCCUUUUAAGUAGAUUCUCAGUUUGGUGAUGUCACAAUGUGAGCAAAUCUCAUUAUGAUCUCGCUGAAUUCUCGUGGGAAUUUCUGAACUAGCCAUUCAGAGCAUUCUGUAGUCCCAUCUAGUGAUUAUUUCAACACAAGUCAACCUUGAAAUCAAACUUGGCUCAUGUGUAGAACUGAUGUCUAACAUUUUAACUUAACAUUUGUUUUUUUUAAAUAUGAAAAACGCAUAAAACCACAGCUUUAAUGUAAAGAUGUGACAGUCAAUAUUCCCCAUUGCUUAUCUGCAGGAUUGAAAAAGUAUUACCAAAACAUCAAACUGUUUCUUAUUAAAAAGUAUCUUAGGGUCUCUUUUUCAUUACUCUAUCCUUUUGAAUUUUUCCCUAAACAGGGUCCUCUCUGCACCGGUCAGCCCUCUGAACAUCAACCUGUGGGAUCAGUCAGCAGUGUAGUAACUCCAGCUUUGCCUGACAGGCCUGAUCCAGGGAAAAUUAGAAUUCAUUCUGAAAGUGAUAGUUAGAAAAUUGCAAGUCAUUCCUGAUGUACCGCAUGGCAACUAAGUGGCAGCAGCCCAGUAGUCGACUGUCAUUUCAACCGCCAGCUGAUGACAACUCCAAUCACCCACACUGCCGUCAAUGCUCACACACACGUACGCACUCGCACGUAGAAACACAUAUACACAAUGUACUCUAUCCUUCCCUCUUCCAUCAGUUUGAUUAGCAUGCAGAUUCCGCUGUCAGAAUCCGAAGAGGAAGUAAAGGCAUUGAAAUUCAUAGAAUAUCUCAAAACAUUAAUUUAUGCUUCAUAAUGCUUGUUUGUGUCUGUUGGGAUCAGCAUUCAGACAGCGAGACGGUACGUUGGUGUAUGUUGGUGCACGUGUGUAUGACUGUGUGGGUGAUGAAAAAACAUACGGGCAGGGAAAAAGGCAUUUCAGUCCACCAGAGGGUUUAAGGCAUAAACAUGGCCGCCUCUGGAGCUCAGCUGUAUUAUUCCAGCCCGUCCCACACCUAAGACACACACAUGCACACACACGCCUGGGGCAAGGUCUCCUGCAGAACAGCAUUGAUCUCUGUUUAUGGUCUCGGUAUGGGCGCUUCCUUAUAGGACCACACACGCAUGUACUCAUGGUUACUCACACAGACCGACCCACUAAGAUGCUGAAAGGCCUUGUAUUUGCCUUUGUAGCCUUAUUAAUUGGGCCAGUUCAAGGAAAUGCUCUUUUAGCUGUGGGUGGGAUCGACCGAAGGCAGUUUUAGGGGUGGGGAUUGCCCAACAAUUCUCGACCCUUCCUCAACCCGCUGCUUUUCUUCAGUUGUGGUUCAGAUCUCCUUUCAGCAGGGCCUCUUGGUUCAAUCCGAGCAAACGGAUUGGAUUCCAGUCCAGCAGCCUCUUUUUUUUUUCUCAGAGAGGUUUUAGCGAGCUAUCUUUGGUCUACGUAGAGCAGGAUCCCAUGUUAAAGCUCCAGAUACUGCAGGUGGUCCCAUCAGGAUCAGAGCAGCUCCAGCAGGGCAAAGUCGGAUUUAGGUCCUGCUUUUUUGUCCGUCUGCAGCUCGUGAGGUAAUUUGAUUAAAACGCAGGGCUAAUGUGAGUCAGUGUAGGAAAAAUAGACCUUAAAUAUCUAUUUGUUUUCCUCCAUUUUGCUUUUGUUGACUUGCUUUCAUAGAGCCCCCCCCCUUCUUGCAUCUUUCCUCUUGCACUAAACUCAUCCCGGAAUCUUUUCCUCUCAUACACACACACACACACAAAUAAAACAGACGAGCGCUGUCUGAACUGCACGGUGCCAUAUUAGAUUAAGGUGACAGUCACUCAUGAACCAAUUCAGCUGAUAAACUUAAUGACCUUCCCACUGCUGGACCUGAAUUUUCUCCAUUCACUUGGAAUCUUAAUGUGAUUGCAGAAAUAUACGUAUGUUGCUCAAUCUAAUAUACUCCAGUGAUUUUGAAACACUGAACACUUUUGUGCUUAGCUGAGCGAACCUUUGAGGCCGGGCCCCGAUACCCGCCGCCUGCCUUCAUGUGGGAAGCUAAAUCCUGUUUUAUUGGGAGCAUAUAAAGGCGGCAUUCUUCCGUCACGGCAGAUGUAUGUUGAGGGAGUUUCAGGUCUUCGUAUGGGUCUGAAAUAGGAGCAGGAGUUUGGUAUUUCUAGGGGGCCCUGGUUGAAUAGGUAGAAGUGGUACUAGCUGGUCAAGAGAGCGAACGCUGGCUUAUCGGCACUCAUACACAUCAAAACGAGAGAAAAAGAUAGAGCAGAGGUCUAUUCCAGGGAAUGCUUUGAUGUGAGUCCCACUAAAGAGUGUGGGUGGUCCACAGGCCUUUGUGGGAUUUGAACAUAUAUAUACAUACACUAAUUCUCGCUCACUCUUUCACACACUGUGCCUUACACAGUUCCCCGGGCCAAGUGUGAUUUCACCAGGGCGGUCAGAAAGGGUUUCUAGGGCAACCUCACAGAGGCCUUGUUCUAAAAAUGGCCGCCAUGGUUACUUUGAAAGCCAACCCUGGCCUCUUGAACAUGCACAGAAAAGAGCCCUGAGCAGCUCUCGGGGAGGGGGGAAACCAGGCUCUUUAAUAGCUAGCACAUGAGACAUUGAAGGUUUCAUACCCACCCAACCAGGAGUCACGGGAGGUGUGUGCGCACAUGCGUGUGUGUGUACCUAAACAGUAAUAUCCCUGUACUCAGUGCUUGGCGAAAUUAAAAGGGCAUUUUUGGCGUGGGGGUUAGUUUUUGGUGCCCAGACGAUUGGACGGGGAAAGGCGAAACUCAUUACCUACCCAUCUGUCAGAGAGUGAGAGCAAGAGAGCUGUGGGAAUGUGGAUGGAGGGAGGGAGGGAGAGAGGAGGGAGGGAUGUAUGAAAAGAGCUUGGAAGGAGAGAGAGUGAAAGUGUCCAUCAAAAGAAAAAAAAAGGAAAACACAACAGACUGGAGGAUACGUCUUUUAUCACUAUUUAGUUUUUCAUACUCCAUGUGUUUUGGAUUUUGAAAAAAAAGUACCCUGGUUAAUUUACCCUGCAGGAAAACGAAAAGUGCAGCUGCUUUUACAACAGUCUGAAAUGUGUGUGUAUAAGAGAGAGAGAGAGAGAGAGACAGACAGUAAGUGAGAGAGUGUGUGUGUGUGUGUGUGUGUUAGAGUGUGUUUGUAUCAGAGGUGGAUUUUUCUUUGAGCUCUCUCAGCCCCACAUGUUUUUGAUGUUCUCUUUUUCUCUCCCCUCUCUGGACCAGGGGCCACUCUUGAAACAUAAGCUUGUGUCACACACGCACACAGAUACAAAUACUCUCUCUCUCUCUCUCUCUCUCUCUCUCUCUCUCUCUCUCUCUCUCUCUCUCUCUCUCUCUCUCUCUCACACACACACACACACACACACACACACACACACACUGAAUGUAUCUGCAUGUAUAAAAAGCUGUUGCUCAUUUGUAUGUUAUUACACAGCUAAAUAGGUUAGCUCGCCAUUCUGUAACCAGCUGCACCAUGUAAACCUUUUUGUCUCAUUCAAGAGUGACUCAGUGUGUGUGUGUGUUUGUAUACGUGUGUCUCUCUUUCCCACAGCUGUAGAUGUAUAGGCUUUGAUCACUGCAGAUGCAAGUGGCUGCCAUAUUGGAUCCACACCCCUCUUCUGUGGAUAUUGUUAACGAACAUGCACUUCCUGUGCCAGCUGGCGUCGCGAAUGGAAAAAACAUAUCUCCAUGGCAAUGUUCUGCAGCUCUGCACUGUUAGACAUUUGCAGCCAACACUUCUUAGUCCUACAAUACAAUAACAAAACAUUUCCCAUUUAUUUUUCCAUGCUCUUGCAGUUCGGCGUGUUCACAACAUCCAGGCGAAUGUAGUUUCUUGAUUAUUUGGAUGGUUAAAAAUGUACCGGGCCUUUUGCUAGCUUGUAUAAAUGCUAUUUCCUGGCUGUCUUUCUACUUUCUACUGUAGGGAGAAAAACAAAGUCUCCAUCCAGCUUUGAUUUAUUUUUAUACCCAUCCUAAGGGCAUAGCCAACACUAUAGGCCAUGACUAUGACCCUGUUUACCUCCUUCUUUCCUUUUCUUAUUUACUCGCAGUUUGAGCGCACCCUUACUCAAAGCUGCUUUGGCCUGACCUCUUAUGCACCCGACACCCCUUUUCCAUCUAUAUCCUAUGAAAAAUUCACCUCCUACGCCCCCCCCUUCUCAACGUAAUGUACAGGCCUAGGAUACACUUUGAUAUCUGCGUUAAUACUCGCUUGAUAUCACCGCCAUGCAAGCGCUCAUCUCUUUGAUAAACAUAUUUAAGAGAUGUAUGUCUUUGCCCGGUCCACAUGAAUUUCAGAGACCUCUCCCGAGCGCAUAAAUGCAUUCAUAAGCUACACUCCAUGCUGUCUUAACCACUCCCAUAAUUAAUAAAUGCAUGAUCUCACGCUGCGACUCAGUGUGUGCGUACAAGUGUGUCUCUUUCAUAUGCUCAUCAGCGUGCGUUUUAGGCCUCUGCCGGGGACCCCGCCCUGCUAAUUUAUAUUCAUCCUUGCAUAAUGACUAGACGUACCUCCGGAUAGCGCAGUCAGGAUAAGAUCAAACAUUAUAUUCAAACAAGGGAGUGUAUAAUUCAUACUGUAACACGCUCACUUCCUCAUCACUGGCUCACUUUCCUCUCACUGUGGAUCUACAAUCUUGAGUUUCUGCGUCUCGGUUUUCUGUCAUGACUUGGAGAAAAUGAGCGUAACAGCUGGCUGCAGCUGGUCCUGAUCAUGCUCUCAUGAUAACAGGACACGGGGCUUUUGGCAGGUGACUGUGGCCAACCGAGUCUGUUUCAUAUAAUAGACUGUUCAUUCUUUUACUUAAUAAUGUCGUUUACCAAAGGGCACCUACAAUGACUUAAUUGAGUCAUUUUAUUCUCAUUUUAUGGAUGUUUUGGGUAAAGCUUGGUUUGAAAUUCUAUAUGAAGAUGAUAGAUGCCCGAUGUGAUCUUGGUUUUAUUUAUAGAAGACUGAAUAAUAAUACUUCAGAUGUUGUUUUAGCAAUGGCAGUGAAAUCUGCUCCUUGUUUCAGUUCUUUCCGUUUGUGGUCUUUGAGUUCAGUCCAAGGAAGCUUUUAAGUUGGAAACUAAGUAUAGAUGCAUGAGAAGAGUUGAACAAAAAGUUCAAGUCUGGAAAAGGGUUAAAAACAAUCAAUUUUUAGAUAGAUUUUUUUUAAUCAAGUUAUUAGGGCACUUUGUUACAGAUUUCAUGAUUGGCGCCUUAAAAACUUUGGAACCAGCUGUUUAGAGCAACAAAAAGAAGCUGAUAGCAAGUGAAAACUUGAAGAAAGAGGUUAUUCUGUUCUUACAUGGAUAGAUUUUCUGUUAAUUAACUAAUUUCUUCUGUUCUGAAGAAAUUUAUUUUGCUGAUUACUAAUAAAACUACGGAGCCUGGGACGGAAUUUUUCUUUUGUAGGAUGGUAGGGGAAGGUCCCGCCCUCCUUCACCUCUGAUUGGCUGGAAGUGCUGGGCUCUGAUUGGUUAUUCCUUAUGGCUGUGAAAAGUCAUCGUCUGUCGGGUUAGGGUUAAGGGUUAGGGUUAGGAGAUUCAGAAGUUUGCUGUUUGAUGUACAGAGCCAACAGCCCGCGUUUGGCUUGAGCGUGUCACGACAUUUCCGGCUUUUCUAGCCAAUCAGAGGCAAAGGAGGUACUUUCCCCUACCAUCCUACAAAAAAAAUCGCACCUGGGAGGUGACAUGAACUGUUUUUUUUUAAGUGUCAUAGUGUCAUGGACAGAGAGCAUAUUAUUUAUAUUUUCUUUCUAGAUACUAAAUCACAGGUCCUUUUAAAAAAAUGUGCAUGCAAGUUACUAAAUGGCACAUGCUAUGUACGAAAACGCACGUGCGAGAUAGUCAAUCGCAUGUGUGAAUUAAAAAAAAAAAAGUCAAUGUCAUUUCCUGGGCUCCGUACAAAACCAUGUGCGAUAUACCAUUUUACUGUCAUGUGCGUUAUAUGCAUUACUGCUUGUAUAGUACUGAUAUGCACAGUUACAUUGAAUAUCAUUUGAUAUCCUAACUGAUAGAGGCCUUUAGGGGACAUGCACACGUACAUUUUAUCUUCCCUUGAUAACAAGUCCUCAAGAUCCCAGCAUAACUUUGGAAAUAUCAGACCUGCCAAAGCACAAAAACACUCAUAGAAAUAGCCUCAACUUACCUUAUUAGUGUGGAGGAUUGCAGCAUGCUUAUGGUCUGGUCCCUCUAAGUAAGCAGCCUAUUCUUUGUUUGUUAGAUCGCCAAUAAAUGAUCCGGUAAUGACUAGAAAACCAGCUUUGUACUUCUGAGGGAACUGAAAUAAACAAAAUGUACAGCUGCCUGUCCGUAUGGGCUCUCUUUGGUUAUCUAUCUCUGUUUGCUGUUUUUGUUAUCGCACUCAUUUUCAGUGCCAUUACCUCUGCCAACACUACACCUUUGCAUAGCUCAUGUGCUUUCAACUUAUAUGUGUCUCUGUAGUUACUUUAUGAGGCACUGUGUCUUUGCAUCUAACUUUCCAAAACUUUGUAUCACUAACAUGAGAUAUAUUUAACUUUGGCUACAUUGAUGUUUUGUUGUUAAUGCCAAAGUUACUGCUCUGUCUUUUUGUGGCAAUCUGGUACUAGCGCUACUCUCCAUAUUUGUUAACUUUUUCUUAUCCAUCCCUGAAAAAAACAAAAUAAUCCUUUAAAUGUGAAGAGUUGGAUCAUGAGGUAAAGCAAAUAUUUACGUGUCAUUCUCUCUUUUGCAGGUUUCCAUCUCAGCGGCACAGUGACAGACCCCGCCACGCCCUCAUCCCCCGAGCUCGUCUGCAGUGUCAGUGUCAGCUUCGACCGCUGCAAAAUCACAGCAGUAACAUGCACCUGUGGCAACAAGGACAUCUUCUACUGCGCCCAUGUAGUGGCGCUGUCACUUUACAGAGUACGGAAGCCCGAGCAGGUCAAACUGCACCUGCCCAUCUCGGAAACCCUUUUCCAGAUGAGCAGAGACCAGCUGCAGAAGUUUGUCCAGUACCUGAUCUCAGUCCACCACACCGAAGUGUUGCCUACGGCGCAGAAACUGGCCGACGAGAUUCUGUCGCAGAACUCGGAGAUCAACCAGGUCCACGGUGAGGAGAUCUGUGUGUGCUGCUGCUGAGGUUGUUGGCAUGUUUGUAGCGUCAGGACAAUGCAGGUGUGCGUGUGUGAGUGUGUGUGUGUGUGUGUGUUUCAGCCUCUUUACUGCACACGUGUAUCGACUGGCUGAUGAAGGUAAAGUGUGGCAGGAUCAAUGUUACUCAUUAGUGAAAUCCAGGCAGUAAAGUAGAGACUGUGUGCCUAUAAUCAACACUAUAGACCUGUUAUUUACCUCUGAGAGAGAGCGAGAGAGAGAGAUACACAGAGAUGAGGAGGUGUGCAGGGAGAUAAAGAGAGGUGCAUAUCUCUCACUAUCAAUACUGUGCUCGCUGUUUACCUUAGUGAAGGAGAUGGAAACUGAAGGUCAAAAAACAUAUAGAGUGGUUGUUGGAGUGGUUUUAAAUCUGGAGUAGCAAUAAAGAAGGUUGGAGGGGUGUUUAAUUUCAAGAGAAAGAGAAAAUAUAUCGAGGAAAAUAGAAAUAAGAAAAGUAAGUAACAGCAGAGGUAGACUUGUAGAAAUGGAGGACAGAGAAAUAAGAAUCUCUGACAAGUACUGACAUAUCAGGAAACACUGAAUCUAUGUGAUGCAUCAAUUUUAAAAAAGCAUCAGAAGCAUAAGUGCAAAUUUAACAAUUAUCAGGGUAAUGCAGUGUUACAGUGGCUUUAUAAAUAGAGAAAACACCCUAAAAGAAUGAAAAUAACUAAAGUUAGUUUAAUGUAGAAGAAGGACUACGUGUGAUUUUGUCACACUUAAGUCGCCAUAUGUUGUUCCUCUCUCUCUCUCACACGGUCUCAUAUCACAGUGAAGGCUGAAAAAAUGAAAAAAACUAUUUUUUUUAAACUGAAUUUGCAGCUGUUUUAUUUUUUUUACCGCUAUAAUAAAGAAGAGCUAUGCUGCUUGUAUUUUUAAUUAUUCCCAGAAGACUCGUCGCUUGCUUUGAAUUAAGCUUUUCUGAUGUUAUGGUUAGAAAAAAAAAACUGUCGUAUAAAAUGGUGGCCUGUUUGCGAACAGUGAUAUAGUAGUUAGAGUCGGUAUGUAUGGAUUCCAUGUGUAAAUGUGAUUUUUUUUGCUCUCAAAUCGAAAGAAAUGUCAGUAAACAAGGACUUUUUUUUUUGCUGGAUUAUAGGAAGACUUGUUAACAUUGCUUAUCUGUCCAAUGAUUAGUUUUAGUAAUAAAAGAAUGAAAAUAAACAAAUCCGUUACAUAAGAAAGUUUGGCAUUUUGACUUUUACAAAAAGGCCAAAACACUCAAUCAAGCCUUAGUAAAAGUUCCCUCCUUAGAUUGAUUGUUUCUUUCUGUGUCUGCGCGUUUCUAGGGGCCCCAGACCCCACGGCAGGGGCCAGCGUGGACGACGAGAAUUGUUGGCAUCUGGACGAGGAGCAGGUUCAGGAGCAAGUCAAGCUCUUCCUGUCACAGGGAGGAUACCACGGCUCGGGCAAGCAACUCAACCUGCUCUUCAGCAAGGUUAGCAACCCGCAACAUUCAUUCAUCCACAUACAGAACAUAACAACACACAUUACACACAUACCAGCUCUGACUGACACAUGCGGAGGCACACGGUUCACUCCAGGCACGCUUGCCUGACCCUGAUCCUUCUUGCAUCAUAAAUAUUUUCUCCCUCUCUCUGUCUCUCUCUCCCUCUCUCUCUCUCUUUAGUGCACUUGUAAUCUCUUGUAUUCCCUUAUGGAGAGAGGCCGUCUCUUCUCAAAGUAUUCCCAGACAAAACAACUUAUUGGCACAUACAUUAAAAGCCAUGUUGCCUUUUAGCUGCAGCUAAUUGCAGACAGGAAGCGCAAGAUGAAGAGAGAGAAAGAGGUGUAGAAAGAAGAGAGGCUCACUCAGUAAACUUCCCUGUGCUGCGAUGAAACGAUUACAUGAGGGAUGUGUGUUUCCCUCUGUUGUCGGGGUGUUACUGUCGAGCACAGUUGGUCCGGCAUUAGCGUAUUGUUGUGUGCUAUGUAAGGACUGCAAGCCAAGGCCAUUAUCAAGGCUUUUACAGCUCCUCUCGGCUUCAUACUCUUUGAUGCCUGUUAUAUCUUUUUCAACACGCGCACACACACACAUUCACCGACAGCAGCUUGUCACAUCAGUACGUACUCUGAACUCUCCUCAGAUUAGAUGACAAACACAAAGACAUACUGUAAAUACAUCUCUCUGUGUAUGUAGGUGGACCCGUGUCUACCGCUUUCUGCAGUGUGUAUUUGUGUGUAAAUGUUGCACAAGAGACACAAGAACAAAUAUCAUUUUGCGUCUUUUUUUUUGUGUGCAAACAUCCAUAAAUCACCAUACCUUGUUUUUACUGCUUGAGCCUUGAGAAAAAUUCUAAAUAUUCCAGAGUUGCAAAUCUGUUCAAACAAAUAUUUGCUUUGAGUUUAUGUCCAUAUACACACCUGGAAGUGGUUGUGUUUUCUGCUGCAAAAAGAUGCUGAUCGGUGUAUUUUGAACUGAGCGUCUCCCAGCUGUGAUUAGCACAGCGCUGAGACUCAAAGUGAAAAAAAAAAAAGAAAAGCAAAAAAAGAAAGAAAAUCUCACCUGUAAACAAAACCACAGAUUUCUCCUUUUUUAAACUGUAUUUUCAAACUAAACAAAAGCUGCAAAAUUCUGGAUUUAAAUUUAAAUCGAGAGAAAGUUAGUGCUUGAAUUAUGUCCGUGUUAAAGUUGAAUGUAACUUUCUCUGAGUUACAACAUCUCGUUAAUUUUUGAUGUCAAAUCACCAAAUUAUUCAAGGACUCGAAGGCUGGUUUUAAUAGGGACAAAGAAUCAAGUCCAUUUAAGUCAGGGUUUUAAAGUUCACUAAAAUAAGUUCAGGUGUGGAACAGACUGAGAACACAUUUUUGAGCAAGCAAGGACAAUACAUGAGGAAUUUUGUCAUUUGAGUUCCUUGGACUCACUUUGAACAGUUUUCACACCACUUUUUCAGGUGAACUUGACUCCAGUAUUGACUCUUACUUAGUUUAUAGAAUCCAUUAAAAAAUGCAAAUGAACACAAAAGAGUGCAAACGGCAAUAUCAUCAAGAUUUGUGAUUAAAGUCCCCCCUUGAAAACAAGUGUAGUCCUUCAAAUACAGACUCAUGCAUGUGUGCGCAUUCCUGUGUACAUUUAAAACAGUGCAACAUUAAAUGUGUUUGUCAUGUUUUGUCUGUAAGUUGUUGUGUGUCAAAGAGUGAACAUGAGGGAGUGAAAAAAUUGGCUUUGAGUGGUCAGAAGACUGAAAAAUAUAAACUUUAUUCAUGUGUUCACAACUUUCUCCGUUUGUGUUUGGAACCAUCCUCCCUGACUCCUCUUUUUAUUCUCCUCCUCCUCUUCCUCCUCCUCCUCCUGCAGGUGAGGGAGAUGCUGAAGAUGCGUGACUCCAACGGAGCGAGGAUGUUAACACUGAUCACAGAACAGUUCAUGGCCGACCCUCGGCUGGCGCUGUGGAGACAGCAGGGCACCACCAUGACCGACAAGUACAGACAGCUCUGGGACGAGCUAGGUGAGAGGGAGAAACACACACACUCACACACACGGUUACACAGAGUGACUGUCCUAGAAAUGCACACACACACACACACACACACACACACACACUCUCUCCUCUUUCCUCUAUUCACAGCACAGACAGAUUUAGCAAAGUGGGCGAUCGAACCCAGACACUGACACAAAGGCACACACACGCAUAUUUCUUUUUCUGUUUGUUUAUUUGUCCUCUGUGUCCAAGACAUCCCACUCACACACACACACACACACACACACACACUGAGACACACUGAGACACACGUUCACACUCAUCACUGACAGCCCAGUCUCUUCCUCUUACUGCGAGUGUAAGUUUGGCAGCUCAGCGAGCGUCUUUGUGAAUUACAAGCCAUUAAACUCGGCGCGUCGUGCCUCAUCAGAACACCAAAUAUUAUGACCUCCAUAACGCUUUCAAAUGCUCCACAUUGUAUAUUUAGUUGAUGUGACAGAGUGCUGCUCGCCAUGCAGUCAUGUGUUUUGAUGCGGUGUGUAGUUCUCCUGACAGAUGUACUGUACCUUAAGCCGAGCACAUCCUCACAAACCCACAAAAAAACCCCAACAAGCCCAUCACCAGGACAGCAUGUGUCGUGUUGUCUCCUGUCUUUGUUGUUCCCCUCUAAUGUCUCCGUUGAUGUAGCUGCUGCCGCCGCUGUUGCUGUUGACGAUGAUGUUUCGUCUUCUCACUUUGGUCUUGUUCUGCACUUUGUGAGGACAGCGCAGUGAUCUCAUCUGUUUCAACCCUCACGUAUUUUUGGAAGUGCGUGUUCGGCCUCUUUGAAGUCCACACUUCAAAACCCUUCUUCCCAAGUCCUUAUCUCUCCCCCUGAUGUGUGGUGAAUGCUGCCUCUUGGCGCCUCUCUCUCUCGCUCUCGCUCUCCCCUCUCUCCCCCUCUUUUGUCUUUCUCCUCUUUGAGCCUCAGCUACUUCUCUCCUCCAGACACAAAGCCGUGCCUCAUUCACUUGUCCUCACCCGUGUCUCCUCGUCCAAAAUCAUCUGCACUCCCAUUUCAUUUUCUGUUUCCCCUUUCUUCUGCUCCCUCUCUGUUCUGCACCUUUUGUACUCGUUUUUUCCUCCCAUCGUGUUCUGUCUCUGUCCUUGUCUUUGUCCUUCCUCCCAAACUCUUUCUGCCUUUCCACACACCAUAAUCACACACACACAUACACACACACAAACACACAGACGCACACACAUUGUAGAGUCUAGAUAUCUCCAGCAGUCUUGAGAGUAAAAUCCCUGAAUGUUCUAGCAUCCCAGGAGACGUCGCCACUUUUCAUAUUCUGUUUGUUCCAAUUUACUCCAAAAUGAUGUGUGUGCAGUCUGCGUUGCCUCGGGACUAGUUAAGUUCUCCAUUUCUCACUGAGUUUUGUAUUUCCCUGCAAGAUGGCGAAGGCAUACAAAAUGUGCACUAGAAGAAAGAAUGUUAUGAAUGCUGUACAUCUUCGAAAACUGCCUGCAGCUUUUCAGUCUUGCAUGAAAACUGUAUUUAAAACAAAUAAGACACACCCACCUGCGUCAUAUGACUCAUUUCUUGCGUCACAAAUGUACAAAAGCAGACGGUGAUGGAGUGACACAGUUGCUAAUCCUCAAAAUAAUCUAAAAUAUUAAAGCUUUCGCAAAAACUUCAGGGCUGAACUCAUUUGUAGUUUAUCAUAAUUUAUAUCUAACCUCUGUAUUUGUAUAAGAUUAUGCACUUGUACACUAUUUGUAUUUACAUGUGUGUUUGUGUGUAUGUGUGUGUCUGUCCAGGCGCCCUCUGGAUGUGCAUUGUACUGAACCCUCACUGCAAACCCGAGCAGAAGUCCUCGUGGCUGCGUCAGCUGCGCAGAUGGAACAGCGUGGACGUCUGCCCCUGGGAGGACGGUAACCACGGCAACGAGCUGCCCAACCUCACCCACUCACUGCCUCAGGGUGCCCAUGGCAACCAAGGUCAGGGUUUUGACAUAUUUUUGUGUGUUUGUCAAAACUGUAUUUACUUUCUAAUAAGUUAUCUGACAGCGUUGGAGGGUGAGACGUGCCAAAGGCUGUAUCAACAUGUAAACAUCAAUUUUUUUUUUAACGUCUCACUCUUCAGGUUUUAAUUGGACCUGUCCGUCUCGAAGUAAAACACAUAAUUUUCUGUAUUUGUCUGAUUUUCUUUUGGAGUUGUUGUUUUUUUGUUUUAUAAAUAGCACUCUGUUAACUGUUUAAACGGCUCGACACCAACAGCUCUGCUCCAACUUUUCCUCUUCUUCCUCUCUACCAUCUAAACCUCUGAUUUCUUUAGUUUAUCCCUUUUUUUCCCUAUUUUUCUUUUUCUCAUUAUUCCUUUCUCUUUUUUCCCUCUUCUUUUUUCUUCUUUUCUUCCUCUUCCACUGUUUCUCCUCCUUCUUCAUUUUCCUCUUCUUUUUUUGCUCCUUUGCCUCUAUUCUUCCCUCUCUUUUUCUUCUUCUUUUUUCAAAAUUUCUUCUUUUCCUUUUUCCUCAUCUUCUUUUUGUUAUUCUGUCUCUUUUCUCAUCUUCUUUUUCUUUUCUCUAUUCUUUAUUCUCUUUUUCCUCUUCUUUUUCCUAACUUACUUCUUUUCCUUUUUCCCAUUUCGGUUCUUCUUUCUCUUUUCUUCCUCAUCUUUUUUCUUUUUUCCUUUUUCUCUAUUCUUAUUUUUCAUUUCCUUCCAUCUCUUUUCUUCCAUUUAUUUCUUCUUCCUCCACUUUUUCUUCUUUUCCCCCAUUUUUAUCACCCUCCUUAUCAUCUUCCUCCUCUUGUCUGUCUUCAUCUUCUAUUACCUUUGUUUUGAGCUUUUACUCACAGAUGACACGUUUUGCAUCUGAUUUGUUUGGAUGUAUCUGUUGCCCUCUCAUGUAAAGGUGUUUUUUUUCUCUUUACGGUCCUUCUUUACUUCUCUUGAAGCUUUCAUGGAGCUUCUUAAAAUCACAGCUACAGAUUUUUAAAGCUGCAGAAGCUGGUAUAGGAUCCCUACUUUGUAGUUGAUGGUUACAUUUGUUUUUCAAGUAAUAAUGCAAGUGACUCACAUAUCAACCGAGUCAAAUGUUUGUAUUCUUAAUGUUAGACACAAGCUCUUGGCCACACAGACAGACCUCUUUAUGUGGCUUGUUGUGAAAGUGUGAAGCUCUUAUCCUCCUCUCACUUCUCUUUGGGUCUUGUUUUAUGGCAGAGAUGCGUCCACAUCGGACCGUGUUCACUCGGGCCAUUGAGGCCUGUGACCUGCACUGGCAGGACCGACACCUCCAGCACAUUAUUGCCAGUGACCUCUAUGCCAACUACUGUUACCAUGACAACCAGGAGGGUUCCCUCUUUGACUCGCGCGGCUGGCCUUUGUGGCAUGGUGAGUAUAUGUCAGCAUGUUUGUUUUUAAGUGCAAGGUUAGUUCUUUACACACACUAGGUUUGACUGAGAUCACACGUCGUCAUUGAAAGACUACGAGAGUCAAAGCUUCUUUUUUUUUUUUCUCAGAACACGUCCCGACGGCCUGCGCUCGAGUUGAUGCCCUGCGUUCCCAUGGUUACCCAAGAGAAGCCCUCCGAUUGGCAAUCGCCGUGGUGAACACGUUACGGCGGCAGCAGCAGCGGCAACUGGAGCACUUUCGUCGACACAAGAAAGGUGAGGCUCCUUUUAGCUGUUCAAGUUUUUUUCUUCAUACAAAAAGGCAAAUAGAUCAAUCUUGAAAAGUCAUUUAUUGUUCAUGCAAACAAAAGCAGAACCACACAUAAAUACAAGCGUGUAAUAACAGGGGAAAAUAAAAGUGUUGACAAAGGAGAAGAGGAAAACUCUCCCUAAACUCUGCCAGCUGUGAAGCUUGUUUUUAAGUCAUUUAUUUAUGGAAGCGGGAGUAAUUAAGUACGGUUAGCACACACAAAAAAAAAAUUGUUGUGUGGUUGUAGAAAUAACCUCGUUUCUUCCAAAGUCCAAUUAAAGAUUUAUUUUUCAUUCUUUGUUCUUAUCAUGUAACUUGAUUUAGGAUGGUCCUUUUCCCCAGUGCAGUUAAUUUUGAGUGCUCUUAAGUUCUGCCUGGCGAUUCCCAAAGAAAAAUUAGUAUAUUUCAGUCUGAAAAUAUGUGUUUGAAGUUUGUGGUUUUGACUUUGUGUUUCAUGAACCCCAUACUCUUUUGUUUAGAGCUGCUCCACAAAGGCCAUACCUCUAUAACCAACAUGGAAGGCUGGGUGGGACACCCUCUGGAUCCCAUCGGCACCCUGUUCAGCACCCUGACAGAGUCGGGACGAGUGGGAGAGGAAGGCGCCAACACUUGCUUAGACCUCUCAGGUACGGCAGAUUUACAGACACUGGCAACAUGACCCAAACAAAUUCAUACACAUAUAUAUACAUAAACACAGCUCUGAUUCUGUGGUCGCAUAUGAAACAAUAAAUUCUAGGCCAACAAAAACCCAGAAGGAUUCUUCUGUAUGUUUUUGUAUGCAUUCUUUGCACCACAUGCUUGCACUGUAUGAUUUGUAUAUGAUAUAUGCUGCAUAUGCCGUAUAAUAACACACUAUAUACAUACAUAUGUAAACUUAACUACCACAUAGAAAACUAUGCUCUGAGUAUAGCAUGAUAAAAAAAGCACAGGUUAUUAUCAUGAAAGAUAACGAAAGCAAACCUCUGUCGUUAAAAUAUUUAAAUAAACUUCAGUCGUAGAUUAUUAGGUUUUAGAUUUUUAUGAAUCAUUGAUUAACACUGAUUUGUCCAGUCUUGUAAAGCGAUUUCUAGUCUUUUUGGGAGCAUAAUGAGUCAGAUUUUUCACUUUUUCUUGAUUAUGUAGCAAAUUAUCAGAAUCAUUGUGAUAAUUCAGCCUCAGUCCCUCAUGUCAUCAUAUUGUACAUCCUCUCAUUCGUUCCCAAAGCGCCUCUCCUGCAGUCAGCGAUCGCUCCGUCCCUCAUCGCCUCCUCUGCGAACAGAAAUAGCCUUCUACUCUGAGGUAGAGGAGUGAAGAGAGGAAUGCUCCUGAGGCGUUGAUCUUUAUUUUGGAUAGUCGUUUGGUUCAGACCUCUACUUUGUGACUGACACAUUGGUUUUCCAUAGGAGACAGGCUCAUCUAGCGUCCAAAACCUCAGAGAAUAACACAGCGUCUGACCGCCACUUUACGCCAUUGUUUCAGCCUCGUUCUACUCUCUUUAUGUCCUCCUUUUUCUCAUAGAUUGCUCCAGUGUUGUAAGCAGAGCGGACCUGCAGCGAAUGCCCGUGCAGCGAUUGUUAGGAGACGGUGAAUCCUAUGUGGCGCUGGCAGUGGAGACGGCGCUGAUCGGCUUGGGCCAGCAGCGGGUGAUGCCUGACGGGCUGUACGCUCAAGAGAAGGUGUGUCGGAAUGAAGAGCAGCUAUUGGCUAAGCUGCAGGAAGUGGAAUUGGACGACUCCCUGGUCAAAAUCUUCCGCAAACAGGCCGUCUUUCUGUUAGAGGGUGAGAGAACAAAUAGAAACUACUUCAUCUUUUUUCGUCCCUUUAUUUUGCAUCUUUUUCCCAGCAGUUUCCACACAUGUAGGCACACCUCCUCCUUUUCUUGUCUCUCCCUCCCACGCACCAAGCCCCUACACAUUCCCGCUUAAACAGGAAAAAACACAUUGGACUCUGCCUCACUAUUUAUUAUCCUUUCAUUUUGUGGUGCAAAUAGAGGCUGAGCUGCCCUGGGCCAGACCAAAAUGAGCUCUUUACACAGUAACACCAGGGGUAUUGUGUCAGCACACACAUGCACGUACACACAGCAGUGUGUACAUUUACAGGACCGGGGCUGGAGCAGAAUAAGGCUCGGUUAUGGGAAAGAAGAAGGGAGGAGAGGGAGGAGGAGGAGGUGGAGGAGGAGUCCCCACCCAAACCCCAGCCCUGCUUCCCGGCCCCACGACACGACCACCCACCUCUGGCUCCGUUGUUAAUAGAGUGCCGGGCUCUGAGGCCUCUGCGGGCCCCUGGAGGCUGCAGCCGUGCCACUGUGUGAUGUGGUCUGUGGCUGAGGAGCCUGUUGGGGUUUAAAAUAACCCACCAGAGACUAAAGGAAGUGCAGGAAGAGAUGGGGGUAGGGAGGGGAGCGAGAGUGGGGCCAAGUCUGCACACACGACCAUAUGGUUUUCUGACGUCACAGUUUAUUUUAUGCAGCGUGGCAUCUCCUCGGCUUCAGUGGGAGGGAAAGACCAGAUAAAUCACUUUGAAAUGUGCGGUAUAAACACACAAUCAAAUAAACAACAAAAUAAACACACAUUAUUUCUUUUCUUGUAGAUUUAUACUUUAUUCUCCAUAAAUUUUAACACCACACUGUAACAUUUAUUGACCUGACGAGACGAGUAUUCACUCUGGAAAUUUUCACUCUCUGUUUUGUUCCUCUCACUAAAAGCAUCACCCCUUUUUUUCCCUGUGUUUGUGUUUGUUGUUCUCCUUGGUUUAUAUGCAGCUGGUCCGUACUCUGGCCUUGGGGAGAUCGUCCACAGAGAGAGCGUUCCCAUGCACACUUUUGCCCGCUAUCUCUUUACCUCUCUGCUACCUCACGACGCUGAACUGGCGUAUAAAAUUGCACUGAGAGCCAUGAGGUAAGUGUCUGCAAGAUUGGUUCUUGUGUGUGUGUGUAUGUUUGUGUGUUGCUGUUAUUAUGUCCAAACCCUGUAAAUCAGGCUUUUAACGAUUUGCAUUUGCAGAAAAAAAAUCCUAAUCUUUGUAAUAAGAAAAUCCUCCUCUUUUUUGACUAAUGGAGCCUUUAAAAACAUUACAACGGAAAACUCUGUAACAGGAUAGGAAAACAUGCCUGUUUCUCUUAAGCCAGGGAUAAAAACUCUGAGUUAUUACAAUUAUCUGACAGAAACUGGCUCUCCAUCACUUGUUUGUUGAUUUUAGUGGAUUUUAAAAUUAUUACAAGUCUUUCAUAACACCAUUUUUUACUCAAAUGACUUCCCUCAAGCUUCAGAUUUGUGUCCAAGCAGCAAAUUUUGGCUGUAAGAGAUACAAAGAUGAUGUUUGCAUGUGUGUCUAUCUUUAGUUUGGCAGCCUGACUGUGUGUUUUCUAUAUGGUCUUUCUGCGUUGAACUCCUGUGUGUAUUCAUCUGUGGACAAUGCAUACAUGUGUAUGUGUGUUAAUCAGUCUGCGCUGCUGUGUUUUGAUGUUGUGACUAGUGGGAGCUGGAUCAGUGAAUAUUAAUUACAUUAAUGAGAGUGUAAUUAGUGUAGCUGUAAUGAUGAGGGAGCGCGCACACACACACACACUCACACACACACUCACAGAGACUCAGGGCCAACAGGGAGAGGGCAGCGUGUGGAUGAUGUUUGUUGUGUUUCUACAAAGCGAUUCUUCUCUGAGUGCACGGCUGAGAAACUGGCAGAUGAUUAGUGAAUGAAUGAAAAGUGAGUUUUGUUUCUGGUUCGUAGCAUCGGGUGUCACAGACGAACAAUGGGAGAACAAAAGGACAACAAACACACCAUCAACACUUUCCUCUAGUUUACCCACUAGGAGGUGUCAGGGAUUGAAAUAUCUUCCCUUACCUCACAGAGUUUGUGCGGUUAAAGCUUCCAGAUCUAUCCGCCGAGCGUCCCCUUUGCCUCUGUACUCCCAUCCCAAACCUGCUUCUUUUCCCUCGGGUCAGUCACUCCCCUUCCUUCCUACCCUAUUUCCUUCCACUUUCACCCUGUUUCCUCCCCUCAUCUCCUCCAUCCCUGCUCCUGUGGUGUGAAACUGGCGAUUUAGAAUAAUAUGGCCACUUAUGGGUGCUCCUGGGAUCCAGGGGUGUCUACUCAGCACAUAAUGAAUGUGUGUAAUGUAGCGUAGUGUAAUAUGAUAGCAUAUACCUCUGUGCUCCCAGGGGACGGCGGACAGUUAAAUAUAGAGGAGGAGGUAAAGGAACCACGGCUAUUUUAAUGGACCUAUUAUAACACUAUCAUUGAUACAAGGAGAGAGAGGGAGGGUCGUUUGCUCGUUCUCGCACACACAUACACACACACAUGCACACACUUUUUCCGCUUUCCACUUGCUUUGUCGAUUUAUCUUCCCCUUCACAGUUGCUCUAAAAACAGCCUUUUAAAAAAGCAACGGCUUCUAAAUCCACUCCAUAUGCAUUUGUGUAUGUAGGCUGAGUGGUUUCAAGUGUGAAUAUGCUUUCUGUUUAUGCUCCGCAUGUGCAUGAGGUUAAUUAAAGCAUGCGAGAGCAGCAUAUGCUGCUCGAUGGCUUGGUGUGAGCGUCCAAAAACAAAAACAGAGGAGCUGCAGACUGGUUCACGAGCUGCCCAGAAAUUGACUGCAGACACAGAAAAGAAUGAGACGAGGAAGAAGAAGGCUUCCUCUCUGGAGACGGCCUUUAUCGCAACUCUGUGGAAGCCAAAGAGACAAAUCCCAGCCGCCUGUUAUCAUAUGAGAUUUCCAUAUUAGAUGCAGGUCUUCCAAUGCUAAUGAAUCUAGAGCCUUGCUAUAAUCCACAACCUUUGAUCCACUGUAUAAUCCAUAAUCUUUAAACAUAUGGCACCGUGAGCCAUAAAUGUAGAAUGAGGAUAAAUGAAGACAGUGAUAUUUCAAUGACACUCACUGAUAACUGACAGUGUAGACUUGCACAGUAACUUCUAUAAAUACAACCUUUUAAAUAUUGAAGCCAUUUGAACUUAUUAAGACAGUAUUAUAUCUGCAAAUAUGAUGAGGGGAUUUCAUAGCUGCAGGGACGGGAGGAAUAUUUAGAUAUUGCCAAAGUAGGUCUCAACUGGAAAUGUUAAAUAAAAACACUUCUCUUGACGCCUGUCUUUAUAACUCAUUAUAAAUGUAUGUAUAAUGUGUUAUAGUCACGUUAUAGCACUGUAUAACUAUAGUUAUAAACACUCAUAAAUGAUCAUAAUGCUUUAUAGCAAUAAUCAUAAUACAUUAUAAAGCAUUUUAUCAUGACUUUCAAGAUCAGGUAUUAUAAUGUGUUAUGACGUUUAACAACUCACUGACAAUGCCCACAUAGAUAAUGCAUUAUACAUAUGUUUAUGAUGUGUUACAAUUUGCUUAUAAACUUGUAUAACUAUCAUUAGAAACACUCAUUAAUUAUCAUAAGGCUUUAUAACAAUAAGCAUAACAUUAACUAACUAUAACUAUAGUUAUACAGUGCUAUAAUGUGAUUAUAAUGCAUUAUACAUAUAUUUAUAAUGCGUUAUAGAGAUAGGCAUCAAAGAAAGUGUUACGAAUAAAAAGAUACACAAAAUAUUUAAAUGGCUGCUGUUUUGUGAUAUCUUAUCAAAUAAUUAGACAUUUAGCAUGAGAGCAUCAUUCCAGUCCAAUUUCAACCUAUUCGUGCAUCAAAAAAAUAAAAAUGCAGUAUCUGCUUAAAGUUUAAAACCAAAAGAAUCCUCUAUUGCCACAUACAUUUUCACAUCUGUGGUCAAGCUGUGCAUAUAUACAGAAGUUAUGAAACUGUAACACGAGUUUAAAAUACUCAAGUUCCUUAAAAUUGCACUGAGCCAAUGGAAAUUUCUGCUGCUCUUCAUCCUACUUUUAGUUGAUAAUAAUACUCACUCCUUCAGAAAUAACUGGUUUUUAAAUAUUGUACCACUUUAAGAAAAAAAAGGGCAAUAAAAUCAACAUUUUGAUUUUUGUUACUUGCAUAUUCAAACCUCUCGACCCUAGUCUCCUGACGUAUUGUAACAAAAAAAUACCUUGGAGUUAAAAGUUGGAUUGUGUGAGUGUUGUCCGUUGCUUUGUGGAUGUUCAUGCUCUAAUCCAAUUGAAGGAUUACAUGCACCUCUGUGUCUGAGAAAAUCCCACAACCCUCUGUGAUCAUAACCCACACUUGACACCUUCUUGUAAUAUAAAUAAGUAAAUAAAAGACUGCACAUGCGGCGGCUUGAGCUAAUUUUUGAUGACACAUUUGCUGUCGUUUCAAGCAUCCUUAUGAGGGGCAGAGAGCAAAAAUGUGUAUUCAGGUUUGGGCUGAGGUUUAUGUCCUGUCAGACCCUCGAAGGUUCCCGUUUGUGUAUGUUAGUGGAGUUCUUUCAGUGGAUGUGGCUCUGGGUUGAUAAAUGUGGGCUUGAUAGAUUAUAAAAGUGAAGGGUGUUUACAGUCAAAGGGGAAAGCAGCAUGAGGUAGAGAGGUCAGUCGUCAUGGUGAUGCUGACCAGAAACCCCCAAAGGGCCUUGGGAUUGAAGUAAAACCUGACUGGACUGCUUUUCGUCAAAGUCUCUAUUCUUUUUUUCUUCUUUUCUUCUUGCAACUCGUUUUCGUAUUUGUGGAUUUAUAUGUGGUUGUGAUUAUUUCCUUUUUACAGACAGUUUAUAAUCCUCUUUAAAUACCGUAUGUCUUCUGGACUCUCUACACAUCCUCAGCAUUGAUUCCGACAGGACAGAGUGCUACAGUUUGACAGGACCUGUAUGACACCAAAGCCCCCCCACAGUAGCCCCACACAGGGAUUGAUGGCCUCCUCCAGCUGACUCAGUUAUCAUUGAUAAUGCAUGUUUUUAUCCAGCCGUUGCAGCGCUGCGCAGAAAUACGAGUUUAAUUUGGUGUUUUAAGCACACUUGACAUUGAGUUGAGAGUUUGCGUAGUGCUUUUGCAGAGAGUGGAAGAUCACUUUGAUAGCCAGUGUUCAACUUUUUUGCAGCAGUUUUCAAGGUGCUCGAUGAGAAUGCACCCUUAGCGAGGAAUGUACUGUACUUGAACACCUCAGAGCUCUCCAUUUUGCUUUCUUUUUCAUCAUUUAUUUUUUUUACGUUUCCCAUGAAACAAUAGCCCAGUAUGGAUUUUCCUCCCAACAUUUCGAGGAGGUUAUUUUUCAGUGGGGCCAGGCCUCUCAAGCUUCCAUCCAAUAGAGGCCUCUGGGUCUCUGGUGAAAACCAAACAAAGACAGGAAUGUUGAUGAGGCCUCCAUCUUUACCCAGGGCCUUCUUUUUUUUGCUUUGCUACACCCCAGGAAUCUUCCAGAAGGCCCCAGUGUGGUGGAGGCUUUUAGCAGCUCUUUAAGUGUGUGGAGUCAACCCGGCUGUUGCUAGGGCGUCCAAACUUCUCCGUUUUACACCAAGUGUCUGUGUUCACACUGGCACACAUCACGACAGGGUUUUUUGACACCUUGUCUCUCAGGGGGGCGGGGUGACCGGCCUGGCCUGUGCCCUCUUGGGUAAAAUGUGAAGAGGCUGUUUUCUUGCAUGCCUGCACUCAGGUGGCAACAGUAUCACAUGCACUUUGCUCUGAAAUUGAAACUGGCAUUUAGCAUCACAUUGCUUUUGCUGGGAUGCUUUGAUGUGUUUUCAAAAGGGCAGGUGUGUGUGUGUAUCUAUCUGAGUUUCAUGUGUGUGAGUGUGUGUGUGCACUGACUCUCUUCAUUCAUGUGUGUCGGUAUUUGUUUGAUGUGUGUCCAGCCUUACAGGGCUGGAAGGUGAAUUCCUUAAUUUCCCCGUGGACUCAAUUAGCUUUGUGAUUGGCUGAGAGGAGGCCAGGUUGUGCUGUCUUCAGAAGCAAAGAAGACCUUUGAAAGUGAGGUGGGAGAGAAAGUGAAGCAGAAUAGGAGAUGAGCCGGCCACAGUGGUAAUGGAGGUGGUACUGCAGAAGACUCGGCCCUCUCGGUGUUAUUAUAAUGAGAGAAACUAGUGGAGCUCCUUCAUCCACUAGCAGGUGUUGCAAGGCUCUGACUUCAUUAUGACCAAUUAGAGUGAAGAAAAUACUAAUUAUACCGCGGUUUCUAGGUGAUUAACUACCAGGUUGGAAGUAAAUUGCAGGGAUAGGCGAACUGUAAUCCCCCUGUGAUCACCAAAGUCAUUUUCAUUUUGAAGUCCCUUUCAGACCAUCAUAAUGACCACUUUUUCUGUCUGUGCUCUGAUCCUGUCUGUCUGCUUGUUUCUGUAUGAAGUUAAUUCACUGUGAUGUUGAUGAUUCCUGAACCUCCGCUGUCCCUCUGAUUGUCCUUCUCAUCAUCUCUGUCGCUGGAGUAGCGCAACAGAACUCUUCCUAAACUGUGAAAAGAUUCAUGCACACUUUAUUUGACGCCUAUCUCUAUAACACAUUAUAAAUAUAUGUGUAAUACGUUAUAAUCAGGUUAUAGCACUGUACAACUAUAGUUAUAAACACUCAUAAAUGAUUAUGAUUCUUUAUAGCAAUAAUCAUAACACAUUAUAAAGCAUUUUAUCAUGACUUACAAGGUCAUGUAUUAUAAUGUGUUAUAACUGUUAACAACGCAUUGAUAAUGCCCACAUACAUAAUGCAUUAUACAUAUAUUUAUGAUGUGUUAUAAUUUGCUUAUAAACUUGUAUAACUAUCAUUAUAAACACUCAUUAAUAAUCAUAAGGCUUUAUAACAAUAAGCAUAACACAUUAUAAAACCUGACCUUGUAAGUCAUGAUAAAAUGCUUUAUAAAGUGUUGUGAUUAUCGCUAUAAAGCAUUAUGAUCAUUUAUGAGUGUUUAUAACUAUAGUUAUACAGUGCUAUAACAUGAUCAUAACACAUUAUACAUACAUUUAUGAUGAGGUAUAAAGAUAGGCGUCAAAUAAAGUGUUAAUUAUGUUUUUUUUAAACAGUUUUAACCAUAAACAUGCAUCAAAUUAAUGUAAUUGAAUUUCUGCAGAAUAGUGUAACUCAGACCCUUUGUCCUGUGUCUGUUUAUCUGUCAGGUUGCCGGUGUUGGAAUCGACAGCCUCAUCAGGUGACCUGUCUCGACCCCACCACAUUGUGUCUGUGGUGCCCAACCGCUACCCGCGCUGGUUCACCCUGAGCCACAUAGAGUCUCAGCAGUGUGAGCUGGCCUCCACCAUGCUCACCGCCGCCAAAGGUGCGGAUAUAUUCUCAAAUACAGGAGCAGCCAUAAACACAAAUCAUAUACAGACAUACAAAUGCACAUGUCAGGCAAAGAUUUGUCUCUGGACUGAAGAGUUCCUGUGUUCUCUUCCAGGUGACAGUCGGAGGCUGGAGACGGUCCUGGAGUCCAUCCAGAAAAACAUCCACUCCUCGUCUCACAUCUUUAAACUGGCACAAGAUGCGUUCAAGAUUGCCACUCUGAUGGACAGCCUGCCUGACAUCACACUUCUCAAAGUUUCUUUGGAGCUUGGGCUGCAGGUAAACAAACGCACCUAUAUCACAUGUAUUUAUCUUUUUACAAAGCUGUCAAACCUAAAAUCAGGCCUGACUUAUUUAUGGAUCAGCAGGUACAUCCAUUUCAGAGUGAAGAAAAGACAACAAAAAAGUGUCAAUUAACAGUUCUUGAUAAAACUUUCUGUUUACUCAUGUAGUCUGACAGAUGCAUUUUCACUAUAGUUAUAUUUUAAUGAAGUUCUAACUCCUUGUCUGUUUGAAACAGUUUUGAAAGAGCUUUAAAACACUCAUUUAUUGUUAAAAUCAGUGUUGGUUGGUUGUAGUUUUCUGCUUCAAAGACUUUAUUUUUAAAGAAUAAGUGCACAACUUGUUUCAAAAUCAACUUUUAAUUCCCCAGUUUUUUUUUUUUUUAGAUAGGAUUUGUGAGGUCUGUGAAAGGACUUUAAUUCCUGUCUUUACAAUGCUUAGGAAAGUUGUGGUGGGACUAUUGUUAUGGAGUGUGAGAGCAUAGUCAGAGAAUGCUUUUUGUGCCAUAGGGAGCACUAAACUGUCUCCAUUUAUCAUGUCUGCCAUACAGCAGCGCCCCGCACCUCUGUGAGAUGUGUACAAUUCAAUUACCGGCUAAAUUCUUAGAUUGGUGCUGCUAAUUGCACUAAGCACUUUGCAUUAUUUGCCCUCGCUGUCUAGUGCGUCUUUAGGUCUAAUUCGAGAAAGCCAAGUCCACGUAUAAAAUGAAUCAAAUUCAAAUGCAAAAAAGACCACAAAAUGUGGUCGUGAGAUUUAGGGUUUUCACUCUCUUCUGCACAAAAUGCUGCUAUAUCCACAUGUAUGGUGAGCUAAAUUUUACUGUUUACAUACAGGUUACUCUCUGGAGCAAGUGAGCCAAAAGUAGCUCGUUCAGAUUCAACGUAAAAAUAAAAUAUGCAAGGGUUGGAGAGUAGAGAGCGCCAGCCUGAUUUUGCCCUGGUUAUCAUUAAAAAAUGUAAAUUAUUUGUUGUCCCAAGGUCAAAUUGUUGUCGUGAUCACAAGGGAUUUUGAGUUCAAUUACUACCUAUUCUCAGCGGACGAUGAAAGUUUGACCCUGUGUAUGACUGUGAGCGCUGGUCUUGGUGAAUUAGCUGUCAUUUGCAUGGGUGGAUAUAUAAUGGAACAUUUCAAUGUAUGCAAACAGCACCAAAGCACAACACUAUUACAUGUGUGGCAGCACUGUUUAUGGUGCAUUUAACCUUUUGUGAAUCAGACAUUAGUUCAGUUGCUCAGGUUCAGCGGAUGCAAUCUCAAAGUAAUCCUCUCAUGAAUCAGGUCAUCGUAUACAUUUUGGCUUUCUGGAUUUGUAAACAUAUUUGGAAAUAUGUUCGCUUGCUCCAUCAAUAACAGCAACUACUAUGGGGAAGCAGCUUUUUGAAGCCUGUGGCAUUUAAGUUAAAAGUGUUUGAGAUUUGGACCAGCGUGGGUAAAAAAAAAAAAAAAAAAAACCUGCUCAAGGUUUGUGUAAAUCUGUGAAUAACAUAACAGUUAUAUUGUGACUGCUGCAGUGCAUGGUGCUCAUACCUUGUAUUUUCAAGUACCUACAGUGAAGGUUUGCUUGAGGGUUUUUCCUCCUGAAAGGAGCCGUGUCCUUCAACCAGUUGAACAGCCGAAAAGUACAUGUGCAGUAUAAACAUUAAGAAGAUUUUAGUAUCAUUUAUGACUACAGAUUAGUGAGUUUAUGUUUAAAGAUAUUUUUAAAGGUUAUGUAGUCUCCUGAAAAGAAGUUACUGGGAUACUAUGACUUGAACACAAGUUUUGUUCGCAUUAAAAACUCUAAAUUUACAACAACCCCCUUCCCACUCCCCUGCUCCUCCCCUUUAUUUUCCAUCUUCCACAGGUGAUGAGAAUAACUCUCUCGACAUUAAACUGGAGAAGGAGAGAGAUGGUGCGUUGGUUAGUCACAUGUGCCACUGAAGUUGGUAAGUAAUGCAUAGCUUUGUCUUUGUUUGAUUUCAAUACUUGUACUUAAAACUCCUGUAAGGAACUUAUAGCACUUAUUCUGAAUACUUAUGUAGAAAAUGUAAAAACAAUGCUGUGUCUUCAGCUGCUCUGCUGGCACCUACCCCCUUGUAACAGUUUCAGCCAUUAAAACAGAUGAUGAAAAAUGAUCAGUCUUGUCCCUGGUGGUCUUGUUUGCUUUUAUAAAUCAUGAAAAAAGCAACAAUAUGAAUUUCUUGUCUAUUUCAUGAUGGUUUAAAACUCCUCCAGGGCUGAACAGUGCGACCGUUUCACUCGCAUUUGCGACUAAAAAUAGAUGUGUGUGAAUUGUAAAAUGUAUUCAGGGGCACGUGCGCAUUGAAAAAAAUCAGCGGGGGCGACAAAUGUUUGUUCAUUUAAAUACGGCUGUGAAGUUAGUUUUAGGUAGGACAUCAGAUGGACAUUCACUGCGGAUCUACUGGUGUCUUCUCACUUUCCAUAACUGGGAAUAGCAACAACAGUUCAAUCUACUCGGCACCCUCACUGUCAACGUCAGGUGUUGAAUAAGGGACCAUCAAUAAAUUACCGAGUGAUGUUUUCAAAAAGGCUGUUUUCCUUCAAUAGCUUCCAUGUCAUGUGACUUAUUGACCUAAAAUUGAUUUCAAAUAAUAGUACUUCUGUCGACCAGUAAGACACACCUUUUUAUUUCCCUUAUUCGUCCUCUAAAAAAAAUUUGUGUUAAAUUUAAAGGCAAAUUUUGAACAUGUCAUGUGACCAAAAGACCUAAAUUGAUUUAAAAUAAUAGUACGUAUGUGGACCAAUAAGACACACAUUAUUUGAUCAAUUUUCAUUGUGCCCCUAAAGUUCUUUGUGUGCUCCUUACCUUUUCAACUUCAGAGCACAUGUGUGUUCCUUGUGAAAAAAGUAAGUGUCAAGCCCUGUCCUCACAGGAGCUUUAUUGUGAUCAAUCUUAGCUUCUAACCUCCUCCUCAUUGUGUCCCUGCUCUACCCUCCAGGUGUGUAUGCACUGGACAGCAUCAUGCAGAGCUGGUUCACCCUCUUCACCCCCACAGAGGCCACCAGUAUCGUGGCCACAACCGUCAUGUCCAACAGCACUAUCGUCCGCCUCCACCUGGACUGCCACCAGCAGGAAAACCUGGCCUCCUCCGCCCGCACCCUCGCCCUGCAGUGUGCCAUGAAGGACCCCCAGAACUGCGCCCUCUCUGCCCUCACACUAUGUGAAAAGGACCACAUUGCCUUCGAGACAGCCUACCAGAUUGUACUGGACGCAGCGGCGACAGGGAUGAGCUACACGCAGCUCUUCACUAUAGCCCGCUACAUGGAACACCGUGGUUACCCAAUGAGGGCGUACAAGUUAGCGACGUUAGCGAUGGCUCACCUGAACCUUAGUUACAACCAGGACACACACCCGGCCAUCAACGAUGUGCUGUGGGCCUGCGCACUCAGCCAUUCGCUGGGAAAAAACGAGCUGGCUGCUGUUAUCCCCCUUGUAGUGAAGAGUGUAAAGUGUGCCACCGUGCUCUCGGACAUUUUGCGGCGGUGCACGCUGACCACGCCGGGAAUGGUUUCGGCACUGCACAGCCGCAGGAACUCUGGGAAGCUGAUGUCCCUAGACAAGGCGCCGCUAAGGCAGCUGCUGGACGCAACCAUUGGGGCCUACAUCAACACUACGCACUCUCGGCUCACACACAUUAGCCCACGCCACUACAGCGAGUUUAUCGAGUUCCUGGGUAAAGCUCGGGAGACUUUCAUGAUGGCGCACGACGGACACAUUCAGUUCACACAGUUCAUAGACAACCUGAAACAGAUCUACAAGGGCAAAAAGAAACUUAUGAUGCUGGUGAGGGAGAGGUUUGGCUGAAGGUGAGGCCCCCUCCCACUCUAGUACUUUUCUAUUAACUUGAGUCUGCCUUUUGAACUUCUUUUGGACGUAUAAAAUAGACAAGUAAAGAGGGAUGUGACUUGUAGAAUGAAGCAAAAAGAGAAAGGAAAAGAUGACAAAAAAAUCAACAGAGCCACACGCGGUAUUAUUGUUCUUGCUGUUGUUAUUGUUAUAAACAUUACUAUUAUUAUUAUUAUUAUUAUUAAUAUUAUUACUACUAUGUGUACAGAAGUGUUUUUAUUUUUCAUGAGAGGAAAUUUGUCAUGUUGUGAAUGUUGUGUGUAUUUCUCUACAUGUGUGCAAGAGGAAAAUGAAAAGUGAAAUGGCUUUUUUUUUUUUUUAAUAUUUCAUUUUAUUUUUAUGAUUUAAAUCAUUUUUUUUUUCCCUUUUUCAGCGUACAUUGAGUUAAAGGUUGUCAAGUGGCUGAGGCCCUUCUACAAUAGUGCUCAUGUUAAAAAGAAAGAAAAAAAAAAAAAAACAAGAAGUAGAAAAGAAAACACUCGGCAUCCUCAAAGAGAAACUAAGGCUUUAAAACCACACAGAGCACCUCCCUCUGCCCAGGCCCUUGCCGUUCGCCGGGCGCUGGGCAGCACUGCACAGCUUAGCUUGGCUCUGCGCGGCUCAGCUUGGGUUAGCACUGACAGAAAGCAGCCAUCAGCAUUUCUUUAGACGCAGCAGUAACAGCAGCAGCAGCAGCACUUGAGCAGCCGUUAGUUUUUCUCUGGGUCACAGUUAUUUACUGUAAUUACACAGCGGCCAUUUUCCUCUAAUGUCACGCUCAGGACCCUGAUGUCAAAUGCAACCAUCAUUAUGCAUCGCUGUGGUCCAUGUUUAAAGUUUUACAAACUGGAAUAUGGCGGUAUGACAUCAGAGCAGCCUUCGAGUUUUCCACCUCUAGCGUGAUAUCAGAGGGAAUUGGCUGCUGAGUAAAUACGGUUAGGGUUAGCAAUGCUCUUAGCUAACUUGUGUUGUUGUUAUUGUUGUAAUUUCCCCCACCUGUAAAAGACAGAGAAAAGUAUGCAGGCUACAGAUAAUGAGUAUUAUACCAAUAAUGUAAUGUAGUACACAGCUGUGAUUCUCUUACAGCCUCAGUUUGACCGUUACAGUUGAAUUUUCAGACUUUGUAGAUACCCAGAGGGCGUCAACUACCUCAUGAUACGGUAUUGAACCUGCUUCCAUUUUUUUUUGAUCAUGAUAUUUAUCAUCCAUGAUAGCUGACAGUGUUAAUUAAACAGGAGAUUCACUAGCGAGACCAAGGUUAUAAGGAGAAGUGGAGUCAGGUUCCUGCUAAGGUGUUUCUGCGCUCAGCUCUGCUGUACGUCACCGCCCCAGCAUUGGUACUUACACCCUGAAAAAAAAAAAGAAAUUGGCUCUAUCACACGAAAGAAGAAGACUUUUCAGUAUGUCAGUCCCCCCACACCCUCAUCUCUACAGCCACCAUUGUAUUCUCAGACUAGGCCAGUGUCAUUUCCCUCUGUGCAUGUGAAUCAUAGAAAUUAGACUUUCUACUGUUAUAGUUCAUUGUGUGGAACCUUCAGUAACUGUCAACCAGAACGUUCUCAGGGAUUUCUCUACACAGGAAAAAAGGCGGAACAAAUGAACGACUGACUACAGGAAAAAAAAAGACAAAACACGACACAAACAUGAGCGAGCAUUUAUUGUACUCUGUAUAUAUGCCAUAGUAUAUGUCUGAAUAUGGAGGAUCUGAAAGUAUAUGUUAACUAAUUUAUACAGAGUAUUCUAUGUAAUGUGAAAUACUUGAAGCCGCUGUAGUUUGCUCUCUCUUUCUCUCUCCGCUCUCCUCUUUUUUUUGUCUUCUUGUUUCUCUUUCUCUUUUUUUUUUGUUUUGAAAAACAGAACAUAUCAGAAGGACCAGACUGACCUUGUUGACGGCAUUUUGGAUUUGUGUAUCCAUACUUGAGCUGGAUCCUGCAGGUUGAGUCUAAUUGUGAUGGUGGCGAAGAAAAUAAAAACAUUGUUGUUCAUUCCUGCUGACUAACAAAGGGGGAUGGAGGUAGACGACUUCAAUUUUUGAAAAACACAAUACAGGAUUUCUAGAAGUACUUAAUCAUGCAUGUAAGCUGUUGCACUAGCCUAGUUUCCCAUAGGAUCUUAUGGGAAAAGAAACUAUAAUAAUAAUGUGCUUUAUACAAGAGCUAACUGGAGAUAAACCUGGUAAAAUAAAUAUGUAUUAUGUGUCCAGCCUUACAUGCGUAAAAGGACAUCUCCUGGCUGAGGUCUGUCUCAUUUUGCAGUAAUAAAAACCUUGUUAAAUUAACUUCAUAGUUGUGCAACUCAACAAAACUUUGGUAAUUAUGCACAGGUUCAAACUAGUUAAGAUUAAAAUUCGAGUCUCCUCAGUUCUCCCUUUCAUUCACAGCAGAAUUUCAGCAGCGUCUCAUCUGAAGCUGUCCUAUCAUUACUUGCCUUUUUACCUUCUUUAUAUGUCUGAAUUUCGUUUUUUUUUCUCCUUCUGUGCAUCUUUCUUUUUCGAUCUCGUGUUCAUUAAAGAUAAAAGCAGCCUUUUCUCUUGCCUUGUCUUAACGCUUUAAAGUAACCAAACAGGAGAUCUGUCUAACAACCAAACGCGUUUCUAAGAGGUGAGAGAUGACCCACCUUUGGUCCCAGCUUUAGUGUCCUUAAUUAGUAAGUGAAUGGCUGUGUAACUCAUGCUUUAACAAAGCAAUUCCUCACGUGUGUUUGGUGAAAAAAUACGUUGUCCAGUGUCUCUUGUUCUCUUCAGAAACAAUUUCCUCUGAGUCUUUCUAGCUGUUUUUUGUUGGUUUUAUUUUGUUUUGUUUGUGUAGGAAUCUUCUGCUCUCCAAUUUUAUUUAUUACAAUGACCCAUGUAUACAUGCUUAUGAAAUUAAGAUUUGAUACACCGAUAUCAAUUUAUUUAUGUAACUAAAUCACUGUUUUAUAAUCUUGUUAAUGAGUCAAUAAUUGAUUUUUUUUGUUUUUGUUUUUUUGUUUUAAUAAAAGUUAGUUUUUUGAAAUGUAAAAA